CUCAACAACAUAAUUGUUCUCAACCCCUAACACUGUUCUGAGUCUCAACACAUCACACAAAUAAUCUAUCAGCAGAGUAGAUCUGAGAAUAUGUCUGAAAACGGCUUUUUUAAUUUCAGGUAAGACGCUUUCUUCGAUAAACCUUUCCUCACGCUUGUUUUACAUCAAAGUAUCUCGAUGUGUUUUUGUGUUUAAUGGCUUUAUGUCGCUUUGGAUGUGAGUCUCAGCAAUUACGUAUUGGAUUUUUCAUGAUUUGCUAACGCGUAGAGGAAUACAAAAGCCAUUCAGCGCGGAGAGAGAGAGAACACUUAUAAAAGCAAUUGGAGGCAGCUUUUGUGCCGUAUAAGAGCAGAGUGGUUACCUGUUUGUGCGACCGCAGGGUUGUUUUUGUUUGAUCGUUUUAAGGUGUAGAUGUAGACCACGGUUUUCAUCUUAUAGUGUAAGAUUUUUCACACACUUGGUGCAAAUUUGCAGCAUUUUCUGUCCUUUCAAGAGUUUGGAUACUGUUCAUUGUUUAUGUAAAAGUUUAUUAUCAUUCAAGCUUUCCCUGAUGUGUCUGUAAAAGUCUACAAGCUCACAAGUCAAAUCUACGGAGCACAUGCAUGAAAAAGAUGAUUUGAUCGUGCAGUCAGGUGUUUCACAGGGGCACAGCAUCAGUCGGAUCAGUGAGGAGAGGAGUCAGGCACACAGCAGAGCAGUAUGUAGGUUACCUGUCGGGAAAUUAAGCCGAUUAAUCGCUUACAUAAUACCUCACACAUUUGGCUCUGUGUACAAAAUCCACUCUCAUCCAGUAUUUCGUACAGUAUCCGACAAAAGAGGGACACUUUUUCACUUUGUUGUCGUCACGAAUCUCAAAAAGCGCCAAAUUGGGACUUAUCUAAUGUAAUGGAAAAAACAGGUAAAAAGCUGAGAUGCUUCAAAGAGUAAACUAAUACCGUCUCAGGUAAACGAAAAUAAAUAUAAUAACGUCAGAGAUGGAUGAAGGGAAAACUGAUAAUGUCCAAGAAAGAAGAAGAGAAAACAAGUACAACUAACACCGUCCCAGAUAGACAAAGAGAAAACAAAUACAACUAAAACCGUUCAAGACAGACGAAGAGAAAACUAAUACUGUCCUAGAUAGAAGAUGAGAAAACUAGUACAGCUAAUCCCGUCCAAGAUAAACUAAAAGAAAAGUAAUACCGUCCAAGAUAGACAAAGAGAAAAGUAAUAUCAUCCUAGAUGCACGAGGAGACAACUUCUACAACUAAUACCGUCCAAGAUCAACGUAAAGUAAAAUCAUACAACCAAUCCAGUCCAAGACAGACAAAGAGAAAACCAAUACAACUAAUCCGGUCUAAGAUAAACGAAGAGGAAAGUAAUACCGUCCGAGAGUUUGUGAGUUAUUUGGUUUUUCCAGGAAACAAUUGUUUUUAUGGUGUUCAGGGCGAACAUGGAACAGACCUAAAUAUAUAUCUGUUUGUCCUUUUGAUCUUAAAUCAUUUGAGGUCUUUUUGGUUUUAAAUAUUUUUAAUCAAUCCUUUUUAAAAAUUGUUAUGUAUUUCCUUGCAUCUGUAAAGCACUAUGAAUUGCCUUGUUUAUGAAUGGUGCUAUGCUUGCCUAUAUGAGGAUGUUAUUUUUUGAUGAUUCAGGGAUAUCACAACAGCUCUAAUGUAUAUUCCAAAAUUGGUUCAGUAUCCAGGGGUGGGGGUGGAGGGUUGAGUCUGUCUAGUCUGCACACUGAGCUGGACCUUUGCCCAGUCUAAUCAUACGGCUAUUACGGCCAUCAGUGCAUCUCCAUCCUUAGUCUUGGUUCAGCUUCCAGGGGCCAUUUGUUAAGCAGCGGAGCAGGAAAUGAGGUUGGUUUGCCCACGCCUGGAGGACGGGCUUGGGGGAGGCACACUUAAGCCGGCACGUUGAUCAGGCAGGGUGCGUCCCAGACAGAGGGCCGGGGGUGGUCAUCAUCUGGAGGUGGAGGUGAAGACAGAGGCUCAGGUUUACAGUUGCUUCGUAAUGGACUGAGACAUCACGGGGGCACAGAUUUAUUAUUGCUGAAAAUCCAGGGCCCCCAGAGCGGCUGAUUGAUGAGGUUUUAUUGCACGGUCUGAGCGUCGGCGCUAUUACACUUCCUCUGUUUAAAAUGAAAAAUGACAACUUCUCUGCAGCCGUUUCAAGGAGAGGUUUUAGAGGAUCUUCCCAAGUUCAAGUUUAGCUGUUAACGUCCACACCUGCCUUCAUAAGUUCUUAAAACCUGAAGAUGUUUUGUAGUUUCCAAGAUCGCCAACUCCCUUUAAACCAAAUAAGACAACAAAUCUAGACGUCAGGGAGAGUUUGAUUGGAUUUAUUUUCAAAAAGCUUCAGUUACUGGAUUUAAAAUGUUGAUCGAGCUGGUGCAACAACAAUUACACGAAUCUCGCCGUCAUUAUCGCUUUGUUAACUAACAAGAGACGGCUCAGAGCGAGUUUCUCUGUGAUGGAUACAUGCCUCUUGCUGUUUCGGAGAAAACAAUCACUGUGCCAUCUGUUAGUCAGGGUGAUAAAUUAACAGCUUCACUGCUUGAGCAAUUAGCUUCUGACAGUUUGAGCAGAAUCAAUAAUUCGUGUACGGCAGGGCCCAAGUCAUGGCUGCAUGAAAUCUCCCUUUUUCCACUUCAUGAAUAAACUUCUGAGGAUGUGAUUGAGGAAAGUUUUUGUCCAGAACUGUAAAUAAAUAGCUUGUAGAAAUGGCCAGUUAGCAAAUUAGCAAGGGAAGUUUGGCGCAAACCUUGUGGUAGGACGCUGUCUUUCCCAGUACUUGAAACCAAAACAAAUAGAGCAGGUGAAAAGGUCAUAAACUUUUAUCUCAAGAUGAUUUCGGCUGUAUUGUUAAACUCCCGGUCCAUCUCUGGCUCUUCCCCCAGCACUGCCCGUGUAAUGGGACACUGCUAAACGAUGCUGAGAGCGCUCCAGUGCUGUCACGGCCUGCUGCACCUGACUCGCUCCUCACUGCCGUCCAUGCACUCUCCUGUUGUUAGCUUGUCCUCUCCAGGCUAAUUUAUGACACUAUCAGACUCAUUGGCCGCUGGCUGCUGGAGGUCCUCAUGCUAAAACUAAUUACUUAAACUAAUUACUUGAGCCUAAUAACUUUGGUAUGCUCUGCAAUACUGUGUUCCUUAAUCUUGAUGUAUAAUACAUAGCAGAGGAGGUUGGGCACUCGGGAACUUUACCCUGCUCCUGCUUGCUAAUGCUAUCAUCUACAACUGCAUACUCAAGCAUGUAAAAGCACUAAAACAGAGUAAGUAUGAUGGAUUAUUUUUGUUUUUCUUGGCCACUUUACAUGCUAUUUAUUCUACUUACAAUGAGAAGUGUGCUCCUGGGUUUCUUUUCUUUGUUAGCAUGGCUGCCUUAUUUGGAUUUCUUAUUUGCAAGCUCAAGGAGUGGCUCAGCACACCUCUAUGCUCACCUGUGCUUAGAGUAUGUUUGAGUGUGUGUGGGUAAGCAUGUAAGCAUGUCUGUUCAGUUUGUUUCUCCCACCAUCAGCAACCGCAGGUCAGUAAAUAUUUAUAAUGAAAUGGUUAAUAGAUAGAAAUAAAGAAAGUAAACGUGUGACUGUGAACAGCAACAAGGAUUAUGUUCAGUGUUUUCUGUGCGUCCUGCUUCGUCGUCCUUCUGGCUUGUUGACCGACACUUGUAUGUCUCCGGGGUUAAGCUGAAACUUUAACCCACUCAUCAGCGUCACAGAUUAGUCCACGUCGGUGUCCACUUUUACCAAAUGGAUCUUGUGUUUCCUCUAAGAGCCUCAAGUGGCUGAACCUCUUCUGAAGCAACAAAAAAGUACUUUUUACUCAGGGCUUGAUGAGUCUGACGUUAAAAGGUCUUCGUUUGCCGUCUGCGGUGGCCUUGAAGGUUGACUGCACAAACAUUUCAUAGCGGCUAAAACCAUUACGGGAAAUUCAAAACCAUGAAAUGCAAAACAGUUCUGCAAAAUGAAAGAAUGUUUGAUGAAGUGGAAAUAUGUUUUGCUUAACCUUAAAAAAAUAUUUCAGGAAAAUACAGUUUAUGUUCCUGUGCAAAGACAUAUUAAUGCUGAAGUGCUUAUUUAUUUGGUCUGCAAGAAUUUUGUAAAUAUUUUGUUGAUCCAUUUUGAGUUCAUGACAUAUCUGAUUUUCAAUUUAAACAAUUUGCGUUUUAUACAAUAUUUUUCAUAGUUUCUGAACUGAUUUUGCUCCAAAUGGUGAAUUUUUUUUUGUUUUAUUUAACAUUUUUUGAGUAAAUAAAAUUUUUAUUUAAUAAAAUAAUUUAAUUCUUGGGGCUUUAUUACGUUUCAUAAAAUAGUCUUGCAUUUCGUGACUUUUUCUGAUUCAUAAAAUCUGAUUUUUAGGAAUUACAUGAAGUAUUUUUAUUUUUGCUUUAUACGCCACAUAAAAAAAUCUUUGUACUACAAAUGUUAUUGUGUUUCAUGAAAUAUUUUUUUAUUUAAGUAAGAAAAAAAAGUGCCCUGAGAAAUAUUUUGUGUUUCAUUCAAUAUUUUAUAUUUUUGAAUUUUAUAAAAAAAGGAUUCUGAGAAAUAUUUUGUGUUUUAUGAAAAAUUUUGUAUUUUAGUAAAAAAAAAGUGCCCAGAGAAAUAGUUUGUUUUUUGAAAUAUUUUUGUAUUUUAGUAAGAAUAAAGUGCCCUGAGAAAUAUUUUGUGUUUCACGAAAUAUUUUAGUUUUACUCUAAUCCUUUUGCAGUUCAACAGUUUCUUGUGCGCUCAUGUUUCGUGUAACGUUUAUACAGUUGACCUGUAGGGCCACCAGAGACACAGGCCUUUUUUUUUACAUUUUUGAAUUCUUUUUAUAUUCAGAACCAAAGAAGUGCAAACAGAGAGUAAUUGCUUCAAUAUACUGUACACACACACUUUAUUAUUUUAUGCACUUUAAUCUGUGGCUGUAGUCACUGUGUCAGCCCUAAACAACAAACUAAAAGUGACAGCUACCUAGUGCUCCAGGGUUGAAAAGGUUGGAUUACACCAUGCACACACACACACACACACACACACGCUGCAGCCUGUGUUCCUGUUGGAGGUGUCCAGUGCAGUGUGAGUCCUUUGGUUUCGCUCCCCUGUCUCAUGUGUCACAGCACGUUGUCACAUAUAGAGACACUGAUGUAUUAUUGAGGGGGGGCCGUCAGUUACUUGGGUACUGUACAUUAGGCUAACAUGAGUACAAUUACCUACGCGUGGAUGCAUGUAUGGGGGUCUAAUUGCUUUGCAUAAGCGAUGACUGAUAACGCUCUGCAAAACAUUGCCUAUGUGCCAGUUUGAUCUCCGUCUUGAGUGAUUUAUCUACAGUAACUGAAUCAAACUGAUCAAAUUAUCUCAGAGAUCAUAAUUAGAUUGAGAUAAUGUAGAUAAAAAGAAUAGCUGGAAACUGCCAGGCACAGAAAACAUUCAGACAUUCAAGUGAGGAGGAAAAGGGGCCACUUUGUUAAAGAGAGGCGCUGCCCUCUGCAGCCCUAUGCACUCGGGGCAGCUAACCAGCUUUCCUUUCUGUAUGAAUGGGCAUCUAUAUGGGGAAAGGCUCAUGCUGCAGCAGUGGCUAAUUCCUGUUAAUCCCACCGUUUUGCCUACCACUUAGCGAUGGUUUCCAAUGGCAGCCCCGGCGCAGGGGAAUUGCUGUUGAGAUUAGCGAGCAGUGGCUCCUCCUCUGUGGUUUACAGCCAGGCCAGGCUGGCCUGCCACACGUCCAAGCUAACCUUUUGCACAUAAAUGGAUUAAUUUGUUUUUCAAAGAUGUUCCAAGUCUUAUAAAGAAAAAAAUGUAAGUUUGUUGUUCUCCUUUUACUCUGUUAUUUUGCUGUUUCUUGGUCUGUGUUUUGAAUGCAGGACUUUGAAGGAGUAAGAGAGCUUGGUGAGAUGUGUGUUUCGGCUUGUUUGUUUGUUUUGAUACUGCGAUUGGCUCCGGCUAAUCUAUCUUUUUUUGUCUUCACGCAAAGUCAGGUUUCUAUUUGUUCUCUAAUUGCACUUACUCACCUCGGGUUUAGAAUAGCAUUUAGUGAAUGUAGACUACCUGAUAGCUGUAACAAUGGCAUGGAUAGACAGGCGUAGAGAGACUGAGUUGACAAGUGAAUUCUUGCAGUUGUUUUGAUGACCGGGGAUAAAGUUAUUCAACUAAUGUCUGUCAUAUUUAUUUUAAAGGCUUUAAAUGUUCCAACAUGACACUAAUGCAAUCUGAAUAUCUUUAAACCCCCCUAGUUAUAAUGCUCCAUGAAUCACCAUGAGUCAGAUCUGCUCCAAAAUAAAACAGGGUGAUCCUCAGUAUCAUAUCUGCUUUCAGCACUUGCACGUUAAAUGCAGCAUAACAGGAAGUAACAUCAGUCUGCAAACUGACUGUUUUUGAUAGUGAGUGCUUUCAGAUAAAGACUGUAAAUGCGAAUAAUAGUUUGUUGCAUGCCAAUACAUACUUUGAGCUUAAACCAGCCUUUCAAAUUUUGUCCUACAAACUGCCUCUGCGGACUAGAAGUCUGAAAAAAGUGAAGAUGUAUGCUUAUCAGGUGUCAAAUUAAGUUUUAUAACCUUAAGUCUAUUGUUUAUUUUUACAACCGCAGCACCGCGCAGUUUCUUAGAAAGUGUUAUAGGUCCAAACCCCCAAAAUUAACCACCUAACUUGGAUUAUCCUCUAGUUAAACACUUGACGUGCUUCCAGUUUAAAUCCAAACAAUCAUGACAGUCGGUGAGCCUCUCAUCAGGUUAUUCUUCUGUCUGUAGCGUAGUUAAGGAAAUAAGAAAUGCAUUCAUUAUUCCACCUGCAGACCAAGGAGAGGUAAUAUGUUGAUUUUUCUGAAAAAGUUGUGUUAUUGUUGUGUUUCUGUGCUGUCAGGAGGCUUUGUCUUCACUAGUGUAAGAUAUCAGCCUGUACCACCUUCUCACAGUGAUCCAUGUGUUUGUGUCUUUCCACAGGAGAUCUCUCCUAAACAUGUUUCCACAAUCAGGGAAAUCGAUCGUCUUUGACAACUUUCCAGAUCCAACAGACACCUGGGAAAUAAUCGAGACGAUCGGUAAAGGGACCUACGGAAAAGUUUACAAGGUGCUGAACAAAAUCGAUGGAAGCAAAGCGGCUGUAAAGAUACUGGAUCCCAUCCAUGUAAGUGGACUCUCCUGUGUGGAGAGUAUCUUAGUGAUGACUGUGUUUAUCAGCAUUCGUACUCUUUUUUUAAUUGGUGAAGCAGCUAUUAGCUUAAAGUGUGUAUAUACUGUCCCUUUGUAUAAGACGGAUGAGUUACUAUCCCUGCCUUUAACCUAAAGCUGUAGGAUUUAUAUCAGCUUUACUAACUCAGAUUACGUCAGGAGGACCUUUAUUUUGUGUAACAUCUCUCCUCCUCUUUGUUAACUCAUAUAUUUUACCUGUUAAGUCGUCUGUUCGCUGCCCUGAGAAGUUUAAAUCCAUUUUUUUCUCUCAGGCAUUGUGUUAUAAUCACUAUAAUCAGAUCUCCAGACCUGAUCUUUGUCAUGAGUCAAACUCUGAGUAAACUUUUAAUCACUUUGGCUCUCGUCGAACUCCCCCAAAACGGCACAUGAUGGUAAUAUGUGCUGACUAGCUUUCCCCUUUAACAAGAGAGUGUUUUAUUUUAUUGCAGCGUUUUCUGUCUCGUGCCCUUAGCCCUUGUUUACUCUCAUAAAUAUCAAAUGGGAAUGAAAAACAAUGAAACAUCUAGACUCUUGAUGCAAAACAACAUUUAAUCUAAGCAAGUACGCCUUAAUAUGAAAUUGCACAACAUGUGUUAAGCUGCUAAGGUUUGAAAAGUUCAUUAAAGUAUGUAACGGUUUCCUAGAAGAGGUUAUUUUCGCCCUUGGCCAGAUAUAACCCACGCUGCUCUGCUCAUGAGGUGAAGAAAUGAACUUUUCCUCCAUCUGUAUCCUUCAGAGGAUCAACUCAGCAAACUGCAGCUGAAGCUUCAUCAGCGUGGAGUGUCAUAGCCGUAUUUUGACCAUGUUGAGCCCCCUGUGCUGGUGCGGGCCUUUAGAAAUCAUCCAAAACACAUUUGGCACCUACGCAGGAGCGUGUGAAGCGAAAUUCUUUCCCGAGGCGAGAACAUUUUGACACAGAGCACAGAAACACGAUGUUACUUCUGGCAGCGAGCGAAAGGUCUGUAAUUUUAGAGCACCCCUCUUCUGUGACAGGGUUCACCGAUUACAGCAGGAUGAGACGAACAAUAUUUUUAAACAGUUACUGAUGUUUUUAACUUCAUACUCCUUUUCUUUCUUCGACUUUGAAGGUACGGUGAAUUUUACAGCUGAUUUAACUGCUCUAAAGAUGAGUCCUCGACUCUAUUAAAACAGGCAUCCAGGCCAGGAAAGUCUCAUUAAGCUGUUACCGUUUCUCAUUAUUGAGAAAUGAUUAUCUGCAGACCACUAGACUAAGAAGACAAUCAUUACCAUCAACAGUCUUGAUGAUUUCAUGCACAGAGGGAUUAAAGUGAAGCUACGAUAGAUUUCCAAGAAAACACACUCUCCUCUAAAUCUGACAUAAAACCAAUCCCGCUCUGGUAGUCGGUGUUAUCAAGCUACUCAACAUGGAUCACAUAACUCAGCCCACCACCGCCUCCGCUCUUGUUUUGCUUUCCUGUAAACGCAUGUUAUCAAUACUUUGUCAGACAAAAGAGAUAAACUGAAAGUGUCUGCUCCGUGCAGCCGCAGCAGAGAUUAGCCGGGAUCAGAUUUCACUUAUUACGUGACCAGAGUAAGGAGAGUUGACCCAGAGCUGUGUAAAGAGGCCGUUGACUGACACGACAAUGGCGGAGGUGGUGAACAUAGGUUUGUAUGUCCUUAACAUUAAAUAUGCAUAACAGCAAUAUGUGAAAUACCCCUCCAACACCCUGGAGAGGAAUUCGGAAACGUUAGUGAAGCGAUGAACUCUUAGCCGUGAACUCUUACCUGUGUCUUUUAGAGCAGAUUUUAAGGCUCUUUUAUUCGUUUUAAAGCUCUUAAUGGUCUUGGUCCUUCCUAUUUGUCUGGUUUGCUUUUAUAGUAUGAGCCUGGUAGAGCCCUCAGGUCCUCAGGUGGUGGUCUUUUAAUUGUUCCCAAAGUAAAAACUAAAACAUAUGGUGAAGCAUCGUUUCAAUAUUACAGUCCCAUCUGCAGACCUGAGAGCGAGACCUAAUGUUCAUAUUUUUAAAAGUAAACUAAAGACCAAACUUUUUAGUCUGGUUUUUAGCUGAAUUUUGUUUUAAUCUGUCAAUCUGCAUUACAUGAUUUUACACUAUUUUAGUCCUAGAGUAACUAGUUGGUGUUUUAUUACCUCUUUUUUUAAUUUACUUCCUGUUAUUGUUUAAUUUUAAGACUGUUUUAUUUCAUUAACUUUUAAUGUUUUAUCUUAUAUCUUAUCUUAUAUUUUAUCAUGGUUUUAUCGUUUUAGUCCUAGAUCCAGUGUUUCCUCAUCUUUUCAAUAUAGCAUUUCCUGAGUCAUCUGUGGCAAGUUGAAGUGUCCUUACCUGGUUGUUUGUGUGUGCAUCUGUGUGUGUGAGCGUGUGAGUGCUGUAUGUGUUGAUUCUUGGUUGGGAGGGUAGGUGGGGUUUGGUAUUUGUGUUUUUAUUUAUCUUAUUUCAUAGUUUUUUAAUAUCCUGCGUGAAUGGACAGCUUUUGUGCUACACUCUAUGUAUAGAAAGUGCUUUAAAAAUUAAGUUUGAUCGAUUGAUUGAUGUCCAAAAGUGCAAACGGGACUAUUAGAGUGAUAUUUCUGUUAUAACUGACAGUUAAAUAUUAAGAUAGGUUCAGAGGACUGUUAGCCUAACUUAAAUCAAGACAAGGUCCCCAGUCUAGCACGAUGUGUAUCAAAAAUAGACGUCAAACCUGUGCAGAUGAUAGAAACAAGCAUGUGCUGUUUUUAUCACAUCCAAUUCUUUAAAAAAUUCGUCUUUUUUGUCAAAAAUAAGGAUUUAUUCAUGACAAAACAUGUCUCUCCACAAAACUUGACUUUCAGGAUAUCGACGAGGAGAUCGAAGCGGAGUACAACAUCCUCAAAGCGCUCUCCGACCACGCCAACGUGGUCAAAUUCUACGGGAUGUACUACAAGAAAGACAUCAAAUGUGGAGAUCAGCUGUGGCUUGUACUCGAGGUAAGAUUAACACACCUGAGACCUGAAAUGACAUUUUCUGUCUGCUGCAGUCGUCGCAUGCAGACAAAAGGGCGAAUAAGUGCAGAUUACAGGUCAGAUUGCACUUCACACAGCAUGUCUCGCCAGGUAUAUGAAGCAGUGAGCAAAUCCGGCAAUGGGAUUAUGUAACGGUUUAAGCCACCGCAGGCAGUCUUGGAGUUUAACUGGAGGGCCACCUGGGAGACGUGGUCGCAGGCCAACAACAUGGACGUGUUGGGGGAUGUGGUUAGCUUGCAUGUCAUGGGUUCCCUGCUGAGUGCAGCAGAGCAGGGCUUUGUGUCUACUGGGGCUGUCUCACUGCAUUAGUUUAUACACUUGGCAGCUUGCAGCAGAGGAAUAUUUUGACUCUGUUCAGGUUAAAGGUCGCAGAAUAAAUCACAGUUUUCUUUAUGCAUGUGAAACAGUCUGUAUUUCAAGUUAUUUGAUGUGGAAUAGCACUGCUUUAUCACUCAGCAUGCGCACUGUGUAAGUACUUGAUGAACGAAUGAGUGUAAUACUCUAACCCCAUUUUCAUUGAAGUUUAAGCAAGCUAUCAGCUCCCCUCAGAUGGCUCGGUGCCUGUUUAGGAGAGGAGGGGGGUGCUUUUUGGAUUUGUUUUGAAUUAAGGAGCAGCAUGUCACAAACACCGGUGUUGUGUAACACAUCGGCUGAUAGACAUGGAAACCCUAGAAGGAGACCUAUUGUACUCAGUUUCACCUUUCGCUAUCUCAGUCUGAGACACCGACUGAACAGCUGUGCAUGAUUUACAGCAAAGACCGUCCGUACAGUUGGACACAUGGCAUGGUCUUCAAAGAUAGAAUAGCUCCAAGUUGAGAUGCAAAUCUAACUUUAGUGAUGUUUGUUUACAAAGCUGUCACCAAUAAAGUGGGGAGCACAAAAAGCGACAUUAUAAAUCCUGUGACUUCUCACAGUUUUCUUUAUCUUUUGGAAAAGUGGGCGUGUCCUUUACCCGUUUUCUGAUAGGACGGCAGACCCUGACAUCAGGCUCAGGCCAAAUCUUACAAAGUCCUUCAAAAGAGACAUCCAGAGAAGGGAAACUUUGCUGUAGUUAAGGAUGAACAUCGAACACUGCAACAUCAUAUUUGUUAGAAAUACAGAUCAGCAUAGAUCUUCUUUGAAUAAAGUUUGUUUUAUUGUGUGUCACUACAGAUAGGAAUCUUUUAGACUAGACUUUUCAGAGACUGUCCAGGUCCAGUCUCUCUAAAGCAAGUGCAGUCUGUGAACUGAUCUUAGUGAUAUAACGUGGUUUCUGCUGUUGGCUAAACAUGCUCAUUGAAGGCUGCCAUCUUUGUUUUGGCCUGUAGACCAAUUAGAGGCUCUAUCUGUUAUCAGCUGACCUGUAAAGGUCCAAUCAGAGGCCUUUGCUGCUGUCUCAGCAGUGUGAAAACCUUCUUGAAUCCACGGGCAUUGAUAAAAGACAAUGUUGACACUAGUAUUAAUGAAAUCUCAUUAACUAUCAUCUCCAGUUAUCAGAAUAUUGACCACGGCGCAGAAACUCGACUCUGAAUUAGAAUUUAUUGAGCCAUUUUUUGACCAAAUCCCACUAUUUGACUUUGAAGCUGCUUUGGUGCACCUGCUGGCAUACAGGAAAGGUUGUGCGCAAGUUUGAAUUUGUUUGUAUUUUAUGUGCGAGCUCAAGGGGACCUUGCUGCUGCAGCUGCUUCCCCGUACGUCUAAAAAAGCCUUGCCUGCAGCGCCCUAGCUCCCCAGCUCUGUGUCUUUCAUAUUUCAUUGCCUGCUGCAGCCUUUAUCAAAUGUCAGGCUGUACACAAACAUGUAAUGGAGGUCAGCCUUUGCGGAGGGAAAGUGUUUGUGGAGUCGUACACGGUGACGGUCGUGGGUUUUUUCUUUGCCUCUUGACUUUCUAACCGUGUCACUUGUGUUGCUGCUUUGAUAGAGAGCAGAAGAGGUCUGGUAAACAGGGUCAGAAAACCGAGGAGCUGAUAAGAAGAAUUCGAGCACAGUUUAAAAUUUGAAGUAGAGUCGAUGUAACAAAGCACUUUUAUUCGCAGUGUUGUAAUUGCAGUGGGGAUGUGACCUGCUGAUCAGUUAAGAGCUGUGAAUGUAAAGGAAUAUGGAAAAUGCACCUCCUGAUUAUCGCCACAUACUUUCGCACUUUUAUCGUGUGCUGGAGAUAAUGCAAAGGCUUGUGCAGAGGUGAUGUGGCAGGUGGAGUCAUGAGAUUAACGGUUGAAAUUGACCAACAAGGUCCUUCUGCAAACCGAAACAUGCACUUUUCUCACUCCUUUAAUCUUUUAGGGGUGACCGAUAUGGAAAAAACAUCACAUCUUGUUUUUCUGAUGACAGAAUCACAACCUUGAUUUUAGCAUCAUCUUUUUCCUGUUUCUGUUUAAGACAAUUUUGUAUGUUUCUCAUCAGUAGGGAUGGGCGAUAUGGGCUAAAAAUGUAGCAGGAUAAGUUUUGCCAUUCUGGCGAUAACAAAAAAAGUCAGAUAAAAAAUAUUAUAGUUCCAAUCUAUAUUUUUUGACUCAUUCUGUCUUGAGAACACCAGUUAGAAAAGUCAAAUAAGAUACUUACCCACAAGUUUGAGUGGUAGGUUAUGGCGAAAACUAAUGACAUCAAACAAAUCUCAAACCAGCUGCUCAGAAACCUCCUCUUCAUCACCUUCUUGUACUUCUUGUACUUUGAUUAACUCUGUUUGAGGUCACCGUUUUGUUCUGCAUGAUUCCACAUCUUACGUUUUGGCAUUUUAAACCUCAGAGUGAGACACCGUCUUUGAGUUUACCAUCUUUGCAGUGCGCUAUGUGUGUUUUUCAUCAACAUGCUGCUCAAUUAUGAGUGCAAACUCAGCUGAUGGCCUGAAAACACUGAGAAUAGGGAUGGGAAUUGAUAAGAUUUUAUCGAUAUUGGUGCCAUUAUUGAUUCUGCUAAUUGAUUCAAUUCUUUAAUGAUUCCUUUAUCAAUGCUUUUCUUUGAUUUGGAAAAAAAGUAGACUAUAGGUUUUCACCCUUAACUCAAUCUAUUUGUACAGCAUUUGCUUUGGUAGGUAUUAAGUCAAAUUAGGGUGACCAUAUUCUUAAACCCCAAAAAGAGGAAAAGCACAAUAUUUUGAGUGUUUUUUAGGUUGGGUCAAGUGUUUUUAUGCGCUUCUAACUCCGUUAGUCCACGCUACACUAGCUCAAAACUUCAAUAUAAAACCUGUUGUCAUCUUUCUUAGUAAAAUAAAGCCACACUUAAGAUUGUUUCUGCCUACUUUUUGUAACAUCCACCAUGUUUUUUUCCUCAAAGUCUCUGUUCUCGUUCGUGUAGACUAGAUCUCACAAGACCGUUUUUCAAGGCACCUGUAAAAAAGGAAUCGUUAAGACGAAAUGUAGACGAUGUCGAUGGAUUAAACCAUUUGGAACCGGUUCUCAACAAGAACCGGUUUUCGAUUCCCAUCCCUAACUGAGAACUCACAGAUAAACUUUUGAGAUCUUCAGUGUGGCAGAAGUUUGUUGAGCUCAGUCUGUGUAUUAUAAUAUGAGUCCUUGUUUUGGCAUAAAACUGCAGCAGAUGGAUCACAAAUACUAACAGCUUAUAGUUAAAACUAUAACUCUCAACACAGGAUUUAAAGUUGUAAAAAAAAAGCUAAUUAAUUUGAGGAUAAAGGUUAAUUUAAGUGUCUUUUCUUCUCUGAUCUACAGUAAAUUGAACAUACAGACAUUUCUCGACCAAGAUUCUCUCCACGCUCUGUGAAAAGAUGGAGCCGUCUCUUUCAUUUGCUCUCCACAUUGUGCCGUAUUUUUCCAUUAUCAGCGCGAGAACACAGUGUCCAUAUUUCUGUAAUCGAAGCUCAGCGAGCUCUGAAUCAACAGCAGCGGUGUUAUGCUAACCCAGUAGAUAGUUUUCACCUCUCCAGCUUGAGUUUCCUUCCCUUUUCAUCACCGUCCUUCCUCCUGACCUUCUCCGAGGACCCUUCAAUUACUUUGCUCAGAUAUCAAGUACAAUCCAAGACGCAGAACAAUCAUUACAGAGACAAAGACUUCUCUCUGACAGAUGGUUCUUAUUUUUGCUCGGUGGUAAUUGUUAGUUCUGUAUCGUGGCGGUUUUUAUCCUCCUGAACUCGGUUCUUUUUGUGUAAAAUUGAAUCUCCAUGUUCUUUCAGCUUCGGGUUUCUUUGUUUACUCCAUGUUCCCUUCUGUGGUUUUGCAUCACCAUUUUCAGAUUUCUCUUUCAGAAAUCUGCAGCCAGCAGUCCAAAUCUGGUGGCUAAUCCAGAGGCUGAAAUCACAGCCUGACAGUUUAGUAAGUGGCUGUGUGGAGCUGUGUGUGUGUGCACAUGUGUGUGUACUCUGAAGGGGCUUUGGCAGUGAAGAGACAGGAAAGCAGGCAGUGAGGUGGUCAUUCACCAUGGUUACUGUCCCUCCUUUCCAAACUGUAAUUUUCCAUCCUUUAGCUGUGCUGAGGAGAGCCUUUCUCUGCCCCGCGCUGACAGCACAGCGCUCAUUAUGAACCCAAUUCAUACAAAUUGCAUCCUCCUCUUUGUUAGCCCUUCAUUGGGGUCUGUGAGCUUUUGGCUUUGCCUCUUUUGUGUGCUCCUUUAUGAUAGCGGAUAUGGGCAGAGGAGAGCGAGCUUUCAUGUAUGACGGCCUAAUUCUGCUCCUGUGGUGUGUGAAAAAACUUCAAAGAUGGCAAUGAUGGAGCGACUUUUAUUCUCUAAUUGGAAAUACAAACAUGAUUGGGAAGUGCGUUUCAUUUGUGGGCGGCCGUGUUUUAUCCGAGGAUCCUGUAUAAUAAAGAGAAAUGAUUGGUCCCGUCUUUAAAAGCUCGGCUUCGAGACGCGUUUCUCAUUUUUUAUUGUGCACAGAAGAAAAGUCACAAUAUCCAGGAGCUAGAUUAAACAGCAUUACUGCUGAUUUCAUUGUUUGCAUGAAAAGAUGUGAUUUAUUUACAGCAUAAAUAUUAACACCUUUGUGUUAGUACAGAGCUGUGCAGUUUAAUUGACAUGACAGCAGCUAAAGUUAGCUGAGAAUGAACAACGGAAGGGUUGUGCUGUGAAAGAUAUUUAUAACUGUAAGUAUAAUUAUCUAAAACCUGUAAUAAAGGCUGCAGUGAGAAAGUGGUGUUCUCAGACAGAUACCUAAUCCUGAUGACAUGCAUGUAUCCCUCACUGUGAGGAUUCAGUAUCAUGACAGAGAUGUUUUUGGUCUUGCUGCUGAUGGUCUUGUUUUUUAACAUUCUAUACAGUACUUUUCCAAACCCUACUUUUUAGAAUUAUUUUUGGAAAUACGUACUUUUCUAUUGUAGAAAACAGUAUUUUCAUUAACUGUGGUAAUAGUCUAGAAACCUAAAUAUUUUUCCAUACUUUAUUUUUCAUUUACCAUACUUUUGAAGACCUUGGAAUUGAUCAAAUUACUUCUGUAUUUCUCCAGACUUUCUUUACGUGUGUAGGAACCUUGUUUUAAGGUCAUGAAGAUGCACCAGAAACAGUUUCAGUCUUUUCAGUCUCUGAAACUAUAAAUGUAGGUUGUCUUAUGAGAAAUAGACGCUCUUUUUACAUUUGAUGUGAAGUGACAUGUUGACAUUUGUGUUGCACCCCCUUUUUUUUACAUUGGAGUGAAAUGUGGAGGACAGUUUCUGAAGUUUUGAAAGUUCAGUGUCGACCCAUGAUAGAGGUUUUCAGUCACUCAGCAGGUUUUGAGUCGUCUUUGUUUAAGCGGUGACAAGUUAAAAGGCACUCAUACUUUUUGAACAUAGAGCUGUGCUGAUGUAUAAUGUAGGGUGACCAUAUUCUCAAUCCCCAAAAAGAGGACUCCAAUACGUGGGGCGGAGUUGCCCGCAAAAUUUUUCACUACACAAACUCAAAACUUCCAUACAGAAAGGAUUUUAUAAACUACCGCCGGAUAGACCGCAAAAAAGAGGACAUGUCCGGGUAAAAGAGGACGGACGGUCACCCUAGUAUAAUGCCUCUCACCUCAUCGCCUCGCUGAAAAAACAAAAUACUGCAUAUGUUGUCUGGAUACCCACGUUUGACAUUAACUGUAUCCUCCUAGCAAUCUACACAUGCCAUUGACAUUCAUGCAAACCCCUCAAGGAUGCUUGCUUUUUGCACCAUUGCAGUAUAACACAAGAUUUAAAUGGUUUGCAGCAGACCAAUAUACUUGUUAUACAGUAAACCAACUUAUUUGUGACACUCAUUGAUCCUCACAACACCUUUAAAAUCUUUUUAUGAUGUUAUUAAAUCUGAAGUAGCACUUCAGCACCUGUGUGUUGUGAUAGAACAGCUGUUCAGCGUGCUUAAUCAGAUCGGACUCUGUUUUUUCUUCAGUGCGUUUCUAAUGGCAGAAGAGAUUUGAUAGUGACAACACUGAGAAGGCUGAAAGAGCCGCGAGUGUUUAAUAAUAAAUGGCCUCUGUCAUUAGGCAAUGGAAGAAGUAACUGGGCAUGAAGGGCCGUGUGCCAGGACCAGAGGUGAACGGGCAUCUUUGAGAGUUUCAGCUUCCAUGCAGAGAAAGAGGAACAUGUCAGUCAGAUAGAGUUUGUAGCAUCACGUGGAGGAGAAAAACCUUCAUUGUGGACACAGUCUCAAAGAUAAAAAGUUAAACUCUUGUACAGUAAUCUUGAAUUAGGACGUCAUGUGCAGACAAUGCCCCAUAUGUGCUUCGUGCAGAGGAGAUUGUCUCCGGACGUUGACCCAACCUUAUUGUUCCAAGGUUUGUUCUCCGGGGUCCAUAAGAGAAAACAGCUUAAGAGAGGGCAGGCACUCUGUAAGCUUGUAUACAGAUUUACCUCUCAGCAUGACAAUGAGCAGAGCACAAAGCCCAGAUGACACUGGAUGUGGACCUGUAUGCCCUCCAGAACCAGUUAGAAGCAGGUCUUGAAUCCAGUGGAUCUCCCAGUCGGGAAGAGCCGGUAAUGUGACACAGAAACAAAAGGAUGAACAGCUGGUCUAGUCGAGGCAGAUUAAAUUUUUUGCACAUCCAAAAUCAAAAUUCAAAAUAGUAAUAGAUUAAAAUUGGUGUUUAUUACGUCUCCUUGUGUGCGUUGGUUUCUGAGCCUUUUGUUUGUCCUCUGUAUCAAGCUGUGUUUCUACUGAAGUCAAAAACUAAACCGCUCAGCCCUCGUUGACCCUUCUCAGUCUUUGUCCUAAAUUGUUCUGCCCUCAUAUCCCGACAUCAACUGCACAGCCCUUAAUUGACAAUGAGGUUAAAAUAGUAUUCCCUGUUUGAGUGAUGACGCCAGGAAGUGGACACCUCAGCCUUUAUGUCGGCGUAACCGAUAAGGCCGCUGUAACAAUAGGAGCGUUUUUCUCAUCCUGUCAUGUGCACACGCUCACAAAGAACACAAAUGAUUAUUUAGUGUUGCAAACACAAUGCGCCUGCAUGGAUCUGAUAACACGAUUGUGGGUAAAUGUUCAGGGGAAACAUACAUACAUCUGCGCACCAAAGGAGGUGACUUAAAAAUCAGCACCUUUGUAUUUAAAAGCAGGUAAAGUCGGCGUGUUUGAUCCUGUCCCCCGUUUCAUCCGUGUCUUUGACACAUCUUAGAUCAAAUACUUGGAUUUACAUGACUAAACCAGCACCUGACCUCAUUUGUAAUGGAGAGCAUCCUUCUCACUUUACAAUGUCAUCUGUUUUAUUUUUCUUUGGAAAUUGAAAGUCCUGGUUAGAAAUACAGAGGAGGCAGCUAAAAAAGCACUGGAGCUGACCCUCCUUUUAAAGUCUUGUGUAGGGCUGGGCGAUAAACCAAAAAUUUACAGAUAGACAACAACUUCAUUUUGCCCAUAUCAGGAUAUUUGGUGUCACAAAAAUAAAUAAAUCAAAGUUGGUUUUGGAUGUGUGUAGGUAGGCUAUGGUCUCAUGUCCCUUUAAGACGCUGUCCUACGUCAGAGACGUGACUCCACCCCAUCCAGCCUGUAAUAAAGAGGGAAAGACAGGUGAGGAGAUGGAGGACGGUUCAAAAGUUGUAGCGGCUGAAGUAGACGAGGUUAAUGUGGGAGGGGGUGAGCAGCUUGUGGAGUAGUUAUCGUCCAUUUAUCGUUAUUGAAGUGAACUGCUCAAUAUAUCGGUUUUUUUUUUAUUAUUUGAAAGGCUACAAAUCAACUUUGGAUGUAUUCCAGUAUAUUUGCUUGUAUUUUGAAAGGCUUCGAAUCAACUUUGGACUUGAAAAAAGAAAUGUACUCUGAGUAUAUUUGCUUUUAUUUUGAAAGGAUCAAACAACUUCCGGUUCACUUAUAACUCAUCUGUAUGCAUUGAGUUACAUUUGGUGGUAAAGGUCUGUUUAAGUGCGUACAUGAGCUGCAGCAGCAAAGAUGUCAGCUGAUAUGAACUGGCAUCCAGAUCAGAUGAACCACCUGGACUCUGCAGCCUGCCUGAACUAACACCACGCUCUGUUUUCAUCUUUUGCUCUCAGUUCGCAGAGAUUUGAGUCUUCACCCCGCCUUGAAUAAUUAAUGUUCAUCACUUUCUGCGGCUGAGGUGAGAGCGCUAACGUUUAGCUCUACUUAAACUAGGGCGCAGGACCUCUCAUUAAUAUGGAUUUCUCUGUCUGCCCUGUGUAAUUUAAUGAUGACAGGUGAUAUGGCGGCAGUGAUGCGCUGACGUCAGGCGCAGCUCUCUGUGAAAGCCUCAGUGGUAUUCUCCGCUUAACUGCAGUUUGUCAGCACGUCUGAGCGCAGAGAGGAGGAGUGAUUAAGCUCCCCAUGUGGCAGCUGAGAUACUCGCCAUCCAUCCUGCAACAGCUCUCUGGGCUCCUGAUGGAUAGGUAGAUUGAUGGGCAGAUAGAAAACAGAGACGAGGCGUUAAAAACUUAUACCGAAGCAUAUUCAAGGUCAAAAUCUUUCCUCGCUGUCAGCAUCUACAGCAUGAGAAGAUUACUGAAGAGGCUUUUGUGGUUUCUUGUGGUCAACCAGACAACUACAAAAAAAUCAUAGAGAAGCAAUUAAAACAAGCAGAGAGAAAAUCAUGACAAAGAAAGAGGCUGAAGAGAUGAAAAACGACCUCAAAUGUCUCAAAACUGAACACACUGUUUCACUUGUCAAGAGGGAUGAGGGCUCUUUUCGGAAUUAUACCCAAGGACCUAUCAUCUCUAGAGUCUGAUACUUAAGUAUUAGAUAACGCCUUUACAACCCAAAUUCAUAAAAACUUGGGAUGCUGCGUAUUAUUAACUAAUUAGGUUGAAUUGAAGACGGUGGGAAGAGAGGUGUGGUGUAAACCUAUCAUGUGGUCUCAUGAAUCACGAUUGGACUUCCGUUUUGGAAAUCUUAGACGCUUUGUAAUAAUAAUAAUAAUAAUGCAUCAGAUUUCAUAUAGCGCUUUAUCAGAGACCCUCAAAGCGCUUUACAUUGGAUACAUCAUUCAUUCGCUCACACAGUCACACUUUGGUGGUGGUGGAAACGUGGCUGCCAUUCUGCGCCUACGGCCUCUCCGACCACCACCACAUAACACUCACAAUUAUACACCAGUGGAGGACACACACUGGGAGCAAGGUGGGUUAAGUGUCUUGCCCAAGGACACAACGGUUCAGACUUGGAUUAGGGGGAAUCGAACCGCCAACCUUCCGGUCAUUGGACGACCGCUCUACCUCCUGAGCUACUGCCGCUACUGUCCCAUGUUUGUUUUUCGCUCAGACACCAGUAUCCCUGAUGGUUCAAGGCUCCUUCACUGCUGAACAAUAUGUGCAGUUUUUAGAGCAACAUAUGCUCCUUUCUAGAUUUUUCUUUUCCGGGGAAUUUACAUAUUUCAAUCAGACUGUCAAUCAAAUCCACAUUCUGCAGUAGGAGAGCCCAGAUCCUGUAGUAAACUGGCCUGCAUGCAGUCCAGCAGAAUGAAUACAUUAUCAUGGAGAUAACAAGCAUAGCCCCAUCCCUACAGUCAUCUUACAUUGCUCUAUGUAAAGUUGUUGUUCUGCUGUAAGCUGUGAGUGUUUGCAGUGACUCACAGCUUCCUGUGGUUAGCUCAGUUAGAAUCACUUUGGAAAUAUAUGUACAGAAGCAAUCGAGCUCUGUGUGUGUGGAAAUGUAAUGAAAAGACUGAAAAGGUCCCAGUUUAUAAAGUUAUAAUGUAACAUGUAAUGUGAUGCUCCUGUUUUUGCACUCAGGACUUUCUCAAAAUAUCACACAUGUUGGGUAUAGGGCUGGGCGAUAAACCGAAAAUUUACAGAUACCGAAAUCAUCAUUGCCCAUGUUGAUAUACUCUGUUUAAAAAUAAAUAAAUAAAAGUUGGUUUUGUUUGUGUGUAGGUAGGCUAUGGUCUCAUGUCCCUGUAAGACACUGUCCUACGUCAGAGAAGUGACUCAACGUAAAAAGAGGGAAAGACAGGUGAGGAGAUGGAGGACGGUUCAAAAGUUGUAGCGGCUGAAGUAGACAAAGUUAAUGUGGGAGGGGGUGAGCAGCUUGUGGAGUAGUUAUCGUCCAUUUAUCGAGGUGAACUGCUCAAUAUAUCGGGAUACUGAUUUAAGGCCAUAUCACCCAGCCCUAGUUGGGUAGCUGUGGCAGAAGGUUGGUGGUUGAAUCCCACCUGCUGCAGCAAGACACUGAAACCCCAAAUUGUUCCCAGUGACUUCUGAUGGUCCCCCUACUAAAUCUUUGCCAUGUUUUAAAGUAGCAUGAGGAUUUAGAAAGACUUAUGAACCCAAACUCUACUGUUGUGUAUAAAAAUUCAGUUCUGAUAAAAUGUUGUACGUAAAAUCCUGCUGUGAUUUCAGUUCUCUCUUCUCUGAGUGUGUGUGCUGCAUGAUCUCUUUUGUACGCUCACCCCGGGCGACUGAUUCUUAUCUUUAAUAACCACAAAGAAAUGCACAUCUACCGUCUAAUUAAUCUUUCAGCGCACAAGGAGAGGAAAUUGGUGUAAUUAUACGAGAGCAAGUGUUUCAUACAUUGAGGAAAUGAAGGAUAAUUCAUGUAAAACACAUAUUUUCCAUGCAGUUGGGACUUCAGAUGUGAGUUGAACUAUAUAAAAAUAAGGAAAGAUGAUGUGUUUGUUUGUUUGUUUGUUUGUUUACUGGGUUGCUGAUUAUAUCUCUUAACACACGAGGUGAAAAAAAGUGUUUACAGACAACAUCUGCACCCAGGAUCUGGAAGAUCCACGAGCCCCCCCAGCUCUGUGUCUGACAUCUUAAAGCUUUUUAUUUUCAUAUAGCGCCGGCAUCUCCCAAAGAAAGGCCCAAAUUAAGGGUUAUUAUUGUUGCCAAGGCAACCUACUGGGCAAUUUUCUGUAAUUUUCCGAGCGGGGUUGCUAUUGAUGGUGGAGUCCAUCUAGACGCGGUGCACUACAGGAAAACACUCGUAUUUACAGCGUAUGUAGAGUCUUUUAUGAUGAGAGGAAGAAAGUGAUUUUGGUCUCAGUACAGUCUGUUGCAGUACAAAAUGUUGUCCCGUGGAAAAGCGUGUAAUUCCUCAUAUAAACCCUGGCAUUGUUUUGAAAACAUAAGAGGAUGUACUUCAUUUUAAGAUGAUUUGUGCAUGUUUAAUGUUUACCCUGCUUAUUCAUCAAAGCGUAGAUUAAACCCUGCAUGCAAAAAUGUACAUUCUCCCCCCGCAGGCACGAUUUUCACCUCUCGCUAAGCUGCCUCAGAAAGAUAAGCUGCUAAAGAUUGACACAAUUACUUUCAGCAUCUCUGUUCCCCCCGUUGUGAAAUCUCAUGAUCAAAACGUUUUCAUCCUCUGCCUUUCCCCGGCCUUACAUUCAGCAUAUCUCAGAUGCUCAAAGAUUUCAGCAUAUUGUAUAACUUCAGAAGAAGUAAGUGCUGAGUCAUGUUUGUCAUUUUUCUUUUUUUCUGCUGCAGCUCUGCAACGGUGGCUCUGUGACGGAUUUGGCUAAAGGAAUGUUGAAAAGAGGAGACAGGAUGGAUGAAGCCAUUAUUGCUUACAUCUUGCAUGAGGCCCUUAUGGUAAGUUUGGAUGUGUGAAUGGAGACAAUACUGAAAUGAUUAUAGUUAUAUAAGAGUAGGAAAAAUGUGUUAAAUGUUGUUAAAAAAAAAAAAUGAAUUUGAUGUUUUGCAGCAAAAGAGAGCAAAAAAAAAAAACAUACUUGAAGCUGAGGGUGGAAAAUUUUAUUGUUUCAUGACAGAUUUAUGCUCAGAUUUCAUUACCACACUCCAGGAAAGUUCCGGUGUAGGUACCAGAUGUGUUUGGGCUGCCAGAUCGGCUCUGGGUCCAGCGCCUACUGAUGACGUCACGCUAUAUGAUUGGCUGGAAGUUGGUUCAGAUGGCGUAGAAGAUUGUGGUUGGUCUGGACAUUACAGGAGUGGUUUUCACCAGAUAAGGUUUCAUAGAAUUAAAGUUCUUGGACGAACUUUACGAAGCAAUCUAUCGUUACUUACCAUAAGGGAUUUAUGGCAGCCGGGCUACCGCUUUUAGGUCGUCAAAGGAAAUGUGGAAUAAAAACAAAACUAUUUAUUGAUAAACGGAGAUCCUGCGUACAUUUUUUUUCCGUUAAAAAUGUUAACAUAUAAAAAGGAAGCCAUCUAAAAAUUACAGUACUGUAAGUUGUAAUUCUCUGUAUUAUAUGGAGAGAAAAUCUCGAGGUCAAUUGAAUAAACAAUUGCGAGGGGCUUUUAACCGAGCACAUUUGACUUAUUAAACGAAGCGCAAUGUAGAUUGUCCGAGUGGACUUGCCGUAGUGUGACGUCUUCAACAGACGCUGGGCCCUGAGCUGAUCUGACAGCCCAAACUAGGGCUGGGUGAUAUGGCCUCAAAUCAAUAUCACGAUAUAUUGAGCAGUUCACCUUGAUAACGAUAAAUGGACGAUAACUACUCCAUGAGCUGCUCACCCCCUCCUACAUGAACUUUGUCUACUUCAGCUGCCGCUCCAGCCGCUGCAACUUUUGAACCGUCCUCCAUCUCCUCACCUGUCUUUCCCUCUUUGUUACGGACUGGAUGGGGUGAAAGGGACAUGAGACCAUAGCCUUCCCUACACACAUCCAAAACCAACUUAUAUUUAUUUAUUUUUCUGACACCGAACAUACCAACAUGGGCAAAAUGGCGUUGGUUAUUGUCAUAAAUUUCGGUAUAGGUAAAUAUUCCGUUUAUCACCCAGCCCUAGCCUGAACACAUCUGGUACCUACGCCAUUUUUACUGUAACCUCUUCAUUUAAUGGUACUUUGUUGACAUUUUGGAACCAGAAGACUAGUUUUUAAAGUUUUGCAUGAUUUAGGAUUUCACCUCUUCGCUCUUUAGGGUCUCAUUUCUCUUUUUGUUUUAUGAUGCGCCAAAAUUUUUUAAUGGGUGACAAGUUGAGACUGUAGGCAGCCCAGUUUAGCACCUGGACCCUUCUACUACAGAGCCAUGCCGUUGUCAUAUGUGCAGAAUAUGACUCGGCUGGCAUUGUCUUGAGGAAAUAUGGAUAAAAGGCACAGUCUGGAUGCUCCAAAACAAGUUUAAAUACCAUCAGUGAUGCUUACUUGUGAAGUGGCACCAGAAAAAGUACUAAAAAGAUAAUGAUGUUGGGUACAUGUCAGACAAACACUGUAACAUCUUGUUUUGCAGGGCCUCCAGCACCUGCACAUCAACAAGACCAUCCACCGUGACGUCAAAGGCAAUAACAUCCUGUUGACGACGCACGGAGGGAUCAAACUUGUGGACUUCGGUAAGCCGGGUGUCUCAUUUUCUCCCAACAGACAUGCUUGAACGCUGCACUGUCCUCCUGUAAUCAGCCGAAAUCAUGUUAUGCCUCUAUUCAACAGAAGAGGGUCAAAUCCAUUACCUUCAGCCACCCACCAAAUAAAUCGUAACACUAAUUAGUUUCCUUGCGAGGUUGUGAGACGUUAACAAAUCCUGACAGGGUUGCAGACGGUUCUACUUUUCCAUUACACGCUAUCUUUUACAUUUUCAGGCAGACAGCAGGAGACAUUGUUGCUAUGCUCCCUGUGUUUGCACUCAUUUGCUUUUGGGUUUUCUUAACCAAAUGAGGCGCCCAGAGCAGCACGAACACACUUCUUGGACUGAAGGCGCAUAAUGGCGAAGUGAAUGUGACUAUUUCCAGGGGAUGACUCACUCCUGUUUUCUUCAGGGCCUGAAAAACCAGCUGCCUGUUUUCAUUACAAAUAAAAUCUCCACUCAACAUAUGUGUAGGUUUGCAUUUAGGCGGCUAAUUGUGGGCUUCUCUUAAAAGCCCCCUGUCUAACCACGAAGCACAAAGUGCAGAGCUCUCACAUGAAGAGGAGGGAGGGGGGGUAUUAAUGGAUUCACUUAUUAUGUGAAUGUGAAGUAGCUAAUAUGGAGCAGGGCCAUCCUCUGUCUUUCUCCUCCUCCUCCUCCUCACAAGGCUGUCACUAACGAAACUCUACAUCUGUUGGCGCUGACUUCCUCCACGGCUCUGAUAUUCCUGAGUUUGUUGAAAUUGACAUUUGCAUUAUCGGGUUUCUAUGAGACUCUGAGUCGGCAACAGCUGUGGUCUGAAGGGUUCUGUUUUGGGACUGUUCGCACAAGGUCUACUUGACUGUAUGAGUCAGGGUGUGCGGUGGGAACUCAAGCCAGAUCAGGGUACCAAAUAGGGCUGCACGAUUAAUCAAUUUUGACUCAUAAUCAGAUUAUUUAAUUUUGAUGUUUAAAAAAUUUAAAAUCGUCAAAUCGAUUUUCUUCUCUAUCGUGUCUCACUCCUCCAGGUCACCGUAGGCUCCCCCUUCCUGCAAGAGCGCUCCCCAGUUCCUACAGACACCAGUGUAAAUAAAUAUGGCGUUUGCAAAAGAGGCAGAUAAUUUCAUGGCUAAAAGGUGCAAGAGUAAGUCUUGUGGAAUUUGUUCGGCUUCGCAGUUUCGGAUGAAGAGCAAACCACUCCCCCCUGCAAAGUAUGUCUGCAAGCGGUAUCAACCCGUCCACAUGGAAUUGAAUUUAAGAGUAAACGCAAACGUUUUUUGUCAUAUCGGUGUUUCAUCUACACGGAAACGGCAUUUUAGGUGACUGUAAAUGGUACUUUCUGAAAAUGAGUCAGAGAGCGCAUAAAUCCGUAAACGACCACCAUUUUAUCUCCAUGUGGACGCCUAUCCAAAAGUGAAGUUUGGUGAAGUUGUCCCUGAAUAAUGAAAUUGAAAUUGAAAUCGGAAAUUGAGUCUUCAGAGAAAAAAAUAGGGAUUUUAUUUUUGGCCAAAUUUGUGCAGCGCUAGUAUCAAACUGUACCACACCAAACCAGACUCCCAUAACUGAUUGAUAAGGAUUCAAAUUUCCUUUUAACUUUUUGUUUUCUGAUUUAUUUGGGGUUUUAGUCUUUAUUUUGAGAGGAUGGGACGGAGGAUGGAGUUGGAAACAGGAAGUGAGGGAGGAGUAGAGCUGCAGGUCUGACUUGAACCUGGACCAUCUGUGUGAGGAUUAUACCCUCCGUUUUUGGAGCUCAACUUUUCAAUCAGUCACUUCAGAGCAUCUCCACUGAGUUGUUUCUCAUUUGUGCGGCUGGAUAAUAAAAACUAUUUAUCACAUUAAAUCCUCUGAGAGCAGAAAAUCUCAUGGUCAGAAAUGUAAGAGUAAAAACAUGUUGAACAAAUCUCAAGAUUGUUCAGUUUCUUUUUCAAAGAACCACAAUUUUUCCUCUUUCAAUGUCAAUUUGAAAGUAUUAAGCUGUCAAUCGCUUACUUAGACUUUAAACUAAAUAACGACAACGACAAAUGCUCAAAGCGUCGCAGCGUCUGAGAAUUUUGUUUGUAGAAGAAACAGAAAACGGAACAAAAAGUACUGAAUCAUACCGACCUGAAUGUGUCAUAUUUAGUUUUUAACCAUCAGUUAGUGCCACAUCACAGAAACGAUCCGUAAACAGCCAGGUGUGUCCAUGUGGAGCCACUUGAGCUGUUAGAAAGGGUCCUUGACAAAGACACUCAGCCGGUAAUGCAUCAUGAGUCCCUCUUCAGGAGAGUGGCAGUCACAUAUCUCUGCUGGUUCAUGACAAACAGGAACGUCUGUUUACAGCCCAUGUUGAAAAGUAUAGAAUCCUCUAUUGUAGUCUGUUGGUCGGAUCCGUCAUCGGUUUAUAAUAGAGAGAGCUGCUGAUAAGACUCUAGUUUAUGUGUCCUUGUCAUAUUAAUUCACAGUUUAAGUACAUUAAAUAAAGACUGAUUAAGAUUUGGAGCCAAUGUCUUUUACUACAAAUAGGACCAUAUUUAGGAAGCAGCAUAUCCUGUUAUCAGUUCUUAAAUGAACAAAAUAAGCAUUAUGUUGCAUUGGUGAAGACUUAAAACCAUCGAAUUAACCAAGUAAAACAUCCACUGUGGUGAAUUAUCAACUAAAAAGUAGGUUUUUAUUUAUCACAGAUACUUUACAUUAUCGCACACUAACGGCCAAUAAAGAAAAAUUUGGUUGAAGCUGCUUUUUUUCGGCUAAAACCAUUUUUAAUAUAAUGUACCAUACUAUAUUUAUGUAUACAGAUAGAGCGACAAAAGAAAACACUAAUCGUGUAGCACAAAUGUUCAAACCACCCAUACAAAUCUGAAAAAUUGAACAGGUUAUAUAACUAAUGAUCCCUGAACCUAAAGCUCACAGAGCGGUGAUGUGGAAGAAAACGGCUCAGAAAUUAGCUCGUUAUUUCACGAACACGUGGAGCUUGACUGAACAAAAUAACAUAUAGGAGCAAAAAUCACAAACUUUUACAGUUUUAACACAAAAGUUUGAAGACUAACUUAUUUCUAGUCAUUAUCACCAAAAAAACACCUCAACGUUCGUUCUAAUUUAGAGAUUUGGUUUCUCUGGCUAAACUCAUAAAUCUGAAAAGUGUACAGUAUCUCCAGGACUGAACCAGAGAGGAAAUAUGUUACCAAAAAAAUCAGAUUCACUUUGUUGUUUUCAUUAAAACAGAUAAAAGAGUUGAAGUAUUAUCACCAAUAAGUCAUCGAAUCAUUAAUUCUGAGACUCUGGAGUAAUGAGUCUGAAAUAAACGGACAAACGAGGCUCUGUGUUAUCUUCGCAGGCUGCAUACUCGCUGCUGUUUCCUCUCUGUGUUUGUGCCUAAUGAAUUUUGAGAUAAGAGUCACGAUACAAAGCUUUCUUGUUGUGACAGAUAUUAUGCCAAACUGUGAAAAGAGCGCCAUUAAAGACAAAGGAGAGGUAAGAAUAGAAGUGUUAAUUGGAGGUGAGAAGUUGAAGCCAAAAGCAACAUUAGUGUCACCGUGACUUUAAUUUAUGGUGAAAAAGUUGAACCCUGUAAAAAAAAAAGUUUGUUAGCAUUUUAGCUCCACGGGUAGCCAUGUUAGUCUAUUGAGUCAGCACUUCGGCGAAUCUAUCUGUCAGAUAGAUCGCUAUAGACGUCAGUAGAGAUGAUCAUGAUCUCCAGAGGAUGAGUCAGGAUGAUUUUAAUGAUCCCCUGAUUUUUAGUCUUGAACUUACGUUACUCUUACUCUUACGUUUGGUGUUGCUAAGUUUGUUUACUUUGACUUAAGGUACAGACUAGGGUUGGGAAACGCAAGGUUACUUAUAAUGCAAUAGGAUAUGUAACUCAUGAUAAAGUGGGCAUCACUGCGUUAAGUCUUGACAUAUGGUAACUGUCUCAUUAAGGUCAGGAUGAUGUUUCUGCUAUAUGGAUAUUUUGUCCCUCUCCUUGUAAAAACAUCGAUUCUGAUUUCUUAACUGGUCAAUUUUGGGGCGAGUAUGAAAACUGCCAUUAGUGGCUAUUUAGAGCCCAAAUUCAAUCAAUGGCCUAUAGAGCAAAUAUAUAAAUAUAUAUAAUAAAGGCAAGUUUAUUUGUAUGCCAACAUUCAUACACAAGCCAAUUUAAAAUGCUUUACAAAUACAAGGAGAUAUAUUUAAAAUGAAAAAAGAGAGAUUAAAACAAUUAAAAAUCAAUAAAUUAUAAAAAUGUAUUUUAAAAUUAUUAAAACAGUUCAAACUGACAGAAUAGCAGAUAUCAAAGUAGAAGGAAAAGAUGUUUUCAGCCCUGAUUUAAAUGAGCUGUCAGUUUGUGCACACCUGAGGUGUUCAGGAAGUUUGUUUGGACCAUAGAAGCUGAAUGCAGCUUCGCCCUGCUUAGUUCAGACCCUGGGGACCAUAAGUAGACCUGUUCCUGACAACCUGAGGGGUCUAGAUGCUUUGUACUCAACCAGCAGCUCUGACAUGUAUUUAGGCAAAUAAUGACAUUAAAAAAGUUUAAGUUAGACAGUCUACUGAAGUGUUUCUACCAAAGUGGACAAACAAACCGAGUGUGUGAUGGGUUGUCAUAAUGCGACCUCACAUACUUUCGUGUGUAGUUUCCUAGUUUUAGUCUCGUCACUGAAGUCUCUAUAUAUGAGGUGCAAAACUUAGUCACAGGGCCAAAUAAGCACCCCUUUUUAGAAGGGAUGUCCUGAUACGAUAUUGAGAUCGAAUAUAUGUCCGAUAUCAGCAGGUCAAUAUUGGUAUCAGCCAAUACUGAAGGCUACAAUAUUGGUAUUGUGUUGUAUCGUAUUGAAAGUUGUAUUAGGACACCCCAAGUUAUUAGUGUAGUUUAAAUAAAAUUUAAAAAAACACAUGGACAAUCCCAGUGAGUAUUUUCUGACAAACUCAGGCAGCCGGUUCUUUUUAAACAAACAUAAAAUCAAAUAUAACCUGGAUUCUGCCUGUACACAGAUUUUGCUUUGAAAUCAUGGGACAUAAAAGCUCUCAGAAACUGUUUCAUCGAUCCAGCUCUGCUUGUAGCUGGCAAACAAUUAAUAUUUAUUUGUGUCGAGCACCUUUGGUGUACUGCUUAUCUAAAUGAGAAAUAUAAAUGAGCUGUGACGAGGAAACGACUAUGAAUAGCCGAUGAUAAUGACUUUCUGAGCGUCAUGGAGAGACGAGACCAGUACCAAAGUUUUCAGCAUUUCUCCUCUCAAAAGUACUUUCUGUUAAUAUUCAAUGUUUUCAAUAGCCUCAAUAUAUCAUCCUCCAUCAGGAGCCUAUUUUGGCUUCACUUUUAAAGAGUGUCAUCCAUCUUUAUCUUCUGUUAGAGACCCACAGGUCCUUUUAAUCAGGGUUUGAAAAACACAUGUGUGACUUGAAAUGAAAUGCAAAAUCCUCGUCUGUCAGCUUCCCAGCUUUUGAUGACUCAGAGUAAAGUCUUGCCAUUCACCGGAGACAAAGGUGGCAGCGAGCUGAGCGGCUUAGAUGUGGACCUCUGUGUUAUCAGCAGCCUUUUAAAAGUGGCUGUAUUCAGAGAACAAAUUACACUCUGUAGUGAAAUCUCUCUCAGCCUCUGCCCAGAGCAGGAAACAGCAGGUAGAGAAACGACAUCCUUUGUUGUAGUGCUGACAGUCGAACUUUCUAUCUGAUUCUGGUCGUGGCGUCAUCAGAAGAGGAGGGGAAAAAAUAUCCCAGGAGCAAAGCUAGGCGUGUACAGGAAUGUGCAGAGUGACGAAAACACCCUUAAAAAAAAAAAAAGAAUAUAUAUAUACGGGGAGCCGAGUCGAACACGCAGGCUCUGCGUCACGCUGCGAUUAAUGGUUUUUCAUGUGGAUGGGUGCACGCUACACUAAGCAGCUGAAGAGAUAAAACCCCCGCAGUGACUCAUCAGCGGCACAGAAACAAAAUAGCGAAGAGAUGGACCCAAAAAGAGCGAGGGGGAAGAAGGAGAGGAGCCCUUCUUCGUUUAUGGGCCUCUCAUGAAUAUUCUAAUUGACAGCGUUAUCUCUGUGAUGAUUAUUAAGUGUGGACCACCAGGCUCCACUCUGGGCUAAUGUAGUGGAAAGAGACAGGCAGUGAGGAGGCUCUUUGUGUUCCUGUACACUCACACACUCACACACCUCAUGUAUAUUGUGUGUGUGUGUAAGUUGAGGUGGUUUGUUUAUCGUUAUUUGUGGGUACGCCUGCUGGUUUUCAAUGUAAAACUGUGGGUCGGCUCCUUUUAAUGUGGGUUAAAGCCUCACUGUGUAGCUGUUUAGCUCCAUGCAUGUCAGUUUUAGGCGUAUCUCCCCUCUUGCACAUGAUUUUAAUCCCUUAAGAUGUUCGACACUGAACCGUUUUCCAUCUCCACCCCUGGCUGUAACCCACCAGUGCCAUCAAAGCUUCAGCACUGUCACUGUCACUGUACUGAAAAUCAGCUUUUACACUCCCUGACGGUGUUAAAACUGCAUUUCUGUUGUUGUGUAAAAUCGUCUUUUGAACAGAUUUUUUACACACGGACGAAAUCUUUGGUACAUUGUCAAAUUCUGUGCGAGCGUAUGUCGUACAUCAGCAGAUCACCUUUGUUUGUUGGUUGCUGCUUUUGUCUGGAGGCUCUGCUUUUGUUGCUGCCUCAGCUGAGCCAGUAUGUUGUGACGCUGAUUCGUCUGGACUGCACCGAAGUCACGAUUGUGGGUCAGCAUGCUCCUCGCUGUGCUUUUUACCUCACAUUCAAACCGACAAGUUUUCCCCUUUUGUCUCUGCAGACCCUUUAGUGUCAGUUUUUAACAGUAUUUUACUGUAAUAUGUUGAUUAAGCAGCAAAUGAAACUAAAGAGCCCAGAAAAUGAGAGUUAAAGCAGAGUUUAACCUGCUGAAAGUGAAAUACUAUAAAAGAGGAUUAGGGCCACAUGAUGAGAAAGAAAAUAAUUACAGGAAGGAGUCGAUGUUUCGAGAUUAAAGUAAAAAUUUCAACAAAAAAAUCUAAUUUAUGCCAAUAAAGUCGAAAUUUCGAGAUUGAAAAUUGGAAUCUUGAGAUUUAAGUCGAAAUGUCAAGAUUACAAAAAUCGAAUUGUUGUGAAUAAUGUUGAAAUUUUGAGAUUAAAAAAUUAAAAAUUGGAUAUUAAAGUCAAAAUUUUGAGGUUAUGAUCGACAUGAAUAAAGUCAAACUUUCGACUUUUUUUAAAUUUUGACUUUAGUCUCAAAAUGUAAAUAAAAAAAAAUCUUCCUCUUCUUAUAGCCGUAAUCCUCUUUCAUAGAAAUACAAACAUGUUUCUAUAUUUUAUAUUUUAUUUUGUAGUCCUCACUGCUCUACAAAUAUGACGAAAAAGUUAGCAUGGAGCCAGCUAAUAGGAGUGGGAGAAAAAAUUGAUACAGCAUAGUAUCGCAAUGUUUUGUCUGGUGAUAUAUCGUAUCAUCUUAUUUACCAAGUAUCGAUUUUUCAAAUGAAUUGCUAAUAUGAGGUCAAAUCUAUGAUAAUGGGAAAACAAAGUUAACUGUUUGUCCAGUGAGGUUGGCAGAGGUGACAUAGAGACAUAGAGCAGGACAAAGUUAGUAUAACAAACAUAUAUAAAUGUGGUUUGCGAGAUGUGCUACAUGAAAUAAUAUCGCAUCAUGGCCCAAGUAUCGUGAUAAUAUUGUAUCGUGGGGCUAGGGGUGGUAGAAAAAACUGUUUCACAUAAGUUUCACAAUUUUUUGUUUUACAAUUUUUAAGUCGAUUUUUGUGUUCAUAAAUCUUUUUUUUUUUCUUUCAAAUUUAAGAAUAAAUCUUUAAAACUGACCUACAUGUGAUGUGUAUUUUUUGGGGGAAAUAUGGUUCCUGGAAUAGUCAGUAGACAAUCAUAAUCAUUAAACUGUUUCACUGAUGUUAAAAAUGCAGACUAAAGAUCUAGAAAAUCGACAAUAUCGUAGAAUCACAAAUCAAAUUCGCAUCCAAAAAUCGUUGAAGAAUCUGAGAAUCGGGAGAGAAGCAUAUCGUCCCAGCCCUACCCCCUACCAGCUAACAGGUUACACAAACCAACAAUGAUAAAAAUGUGAUUGUUAAGCGGAUUGUUUUGACAUUGUGUUUUCUCCUGGUUUGUUGCAGUGGAUCUCCUCUCAGCAGUAAAUUCUUGAUCGUUACUUUGGAGUAGUUCAGGUGCUGACUAGUUUAAGUUUACCUGAUGCUCUCAUCUCUUCUUUCUUUGUUGACCCUGUCUCCUUCUUGUGUAAGAGUGCUUCAUACUGCAGAAGAAGCAUUAAAAUUCUGACUCAUGAAGUCCUCCCACAGUGAAAUACUAUUCAAAUGUUCUUCUUGAUAAAUCCAGCAGACCUGCGCGCAGUCUCAUGCACAUUUGUAAGUCAAAGUGAUCGAUUUGAAGGGGAACAGCGCCGAAGCCUAAUGGCUGAGAUUGCAAUGGAGCUCUGCAUGUCAUGUUUUGUUUUCCCUCCAUGUCACUCUCGUGGCAGCCUUAUUAGAGGGAUACAAGAAAGUUUCAAGAUCCCCUCAGCCUUAUAUCACUUAAGAAGCAUUGCUCUGUUUUCUGUCCAUGGGUCAUCUCUUCCACUGGUGCGUUUGAUCACCAAGGAAAAAAUAAAAAACAGUUGCAGAGAUGCAGUAAAUUUUCUACGCUGAGUGCACGAUGUGAGAGUGCGGCUAAAAUGUCUAAAGCGUGUAUUCUCCUCCCUGCAGGUGUUUCCGCCCAGCUGACAAAUACCCGCCUGAGGAGGAAUACCUCUGUGGGAACCCCCUUCUGGAUGGCGCCUGAGGUAAAGUAAAAAUGGCCCAUAAGCGCCCCCUCAGCCUCGUCUCUUUCCACUACAUUAGCCUGGAGCAGAUCCCAGUGGGCCACAGUUACUUAUCUUCAGAGAGAUAACGCUGUCGAACACGAUGUGCAUAAAAAACCAAUACAGCCUCCGUCGUUUGUUUCCUGUCUGCUCAGUGCACCAGCAGUUCAAACAAAGUCACAUCUCAUCUGAUAUCUGUUUUAAAAGGGUUUCCUUAUUAAGCCUUCACACAGCAUGGAGCCCUACAGGUCGAGUCAAAGUAGACAUUUUUACAUGAGGUUUGCAUGACCUGCUUCUUCAGCCGUAGAAGAUUUUAAUCUGAUUUGUGUGAGAUGUUAAUCAACAAAGUUGGACGACAGAGCGCAGCUGGGGUUCAAUAUUCAAAGCAUGAAGUCUUGAGCUGAAGGUCAGGUCUUGGCUGGAGUCCUGGAGGAUCCUCUGUGAUAUUUCGAAGAAAGGUAGUGAUAGUCCGGUCAAGAGUAUCUUCAUGUGGAGUAAAAAUCCAGGAAACAACAUCGUGGAAGUUAUUUAGACACAGUCUGACCCACUUUCUUAAGAAGAUUAGGCUCCUUUAUGUCGCGGGGUAAGUUCGCAUCUGCGCAGUUUCAUACUUUGGACAAGUGUCACUUUUAAGAAAAGCUUUUAGGAAACUUUUUUUAUCUCUUCAAACUUCUGUUUUUGUUGUACAAUAGUUCUCUGGAGGUCUAAUGUGACUGAAGUAGUAGUAGUGAAGGAGUUUGUGUGAACACUUGAACAUGACGUGUUAUCGGUGUUUUGUCCGUGUACACAUGUACAUGCCUAUCGGGAAUUCAAAUAGUAUUGAUUGUAGACAUUGUGUGUGUGUGUGUGUGUGUGUGUGUGUGUGUGUGUGUGUGUGUGUGUGUGUGUGUGUGUGUGUGUGUGUGUGUGUGUACAUACCUCCCGCUCAGAGAUGAUUCAUUUUGUUGAUUGGGUACCAUGUUGCCCUGAGGAUGUAGAUGAUAGCUUCUGUGUGUGUACAUGUGUGUCUGUGUACCAAACUGCCCUGAGCAGACGACGACGACGAUGAUGAUGAUGAUGAUGAUGAUGAUGAUGAAGAGGAUACUGUACUUGGGCUUCUGCCAUAUUUUUGUAUAUUUUGUUCCCUUCUUCAUGGUUGUGAAUGAGGUGUGCAGGGAAGUGCUGCCAAAAUCCAAAACCACUUACACUGCCGGAGAAUAAGACAUUCACAACAUCACAGAUUUUACCUUUAAAUAAAAUAAUAACAAAAGAAGACGGUGUCUCUUAAAGCUGUUUCAUUAUUAUUAUUACUUCAUUACCUGUGAGUAAAAACAUGCUUUUAUUUUGAAGUUACUUAAUAAAUAAAUAAAUGAAGAUUGAUUAAUCGAUUGGGUUAUGCUAGUUCAUUAAAACUUAUAUAACGAACCUCUAUCCCCACUGCCAUAAACCAGUCAGUCACCCAGUGUUACUUUAUGCUUAUUUUCAGCUCAAUAUUAUAAUUAGUUUUUCUUUAAGAGACAGUUUUUGUCAGUACCAGUUUAAAGCCACAUCCCGACUCUGUAGUUAUCUCCCUUUUUUGGGGGAUGCUUGCUCAAACUCCUGAACAGCAGAGCAGUGAUUUCAAGUUUUUAAUCCACUGUUAUUUUCAAAAUAAAAGCAUGUCAGGUAACUAAAGUUGUUCUUCAAAUGGUUAUUUAGCAGAGGAGGGUCAUUUGGUUUCAGUUGAUGGUUUAAUUCAGAUUUGAUUGUGAAAAUCGCAAACACUGGGAUUAUUUUCAUUGUAUCUUUUGCUUGAAAUGCUUUAUUGACUUUUUGUAAGUUUAGUGUUUAACCGAUAACAGUAUGCUGCUGGUUUUACAUGUCAUAGUAUCAUGUAUUACUUCAUCUCCUUCAGGUGAUAGCCUGUGAGCAGCAGCUGGACUCCACCUAUGACGCUCGCUGUGACGUCUGGUCGCUCGGCAUCACCGCCAUCGAGCUGGGAGACGGAGACCCACCUUUGUCUGACCUCCACCCAAUGAGAGCCCUGUUCAAAAUACCCAGGUGAGCCCCCAUCAGACCUAGACAACCAUCUCGUCAAUCAUUGUCUCCACCAGUUUGUGUUCAUUUUACAGCUUUUUGGUGCUAAAUAGAUGCUAGCUUUAGAGUGAUAGUGCUUAUUAGUCUUAUUUACUUUAACUAAAAGGUUUCAGAGCCUUUUCAUAAGGUUAUCUUUUAGAAACAUACAAAUGUAGAUAAAUCAGUAUCAAAUAGAUGUAUAAGAACGUGACUUUUGUUGUGUUUAGUUAAGAAAAUGCUGCACAGAGAAGGUCCUUUUCCUUCCUCUGCAUAGACAGACUGUCAGGCUACAGAGACAGGGUAAUACAGUGGUCGUACUGCAGUCCUGCUCCCAAACACAGUGAUUUUCUUUUCUAUAUACACACUGUCACCAGACAAAGUACAGUCUGUUCAUUUCCAAUAGCUUGCAGGGUUUUUAUCCGUAAACCCCUCCUUCCUCCUGGCGCUGAUCCCAUUCGACCUGCGGUGGGAGGCUGAGAGCGCAGCCUCUUUUUUUUUUUUCCAUCUGUAUGUAUAGUGAGCUGAAGGUGAAAAGUAAUUGUUUAUUAUCUCUCGAUUCAAGUUGCAUAAGCACUUACCGUCACUGUCAUCUCUGCAGCACUUUGUCCAUCACUGUGCGUCUUUCUAUAAACAUAUAACACACACACACACUCACAGAGGCGGCGGCUCCUGUGUCACCGCCGUCCUGUGUGCUUGCUGUGGGGGUCGUGCUCCCCGGGAGUCGUCACGCAGCUUUCUCACAAUCUUUGUGACUGCUGCAGCCAGAGCUCCAGGCUGUCUGUUCACACUCCUCUCUGUUCUCCUCUCAGUGCCCGGGGUUCAUUCGUGAAGCGGUCUCAGGAGGAGCCACACUGAGGUCGUCCAUUUAUUUGCACCGUGUCCUAUUUUUAAAAAAGGGGCGGGGCUUAGAUGGCAACAUACAAACAGAUUGAAGCAUUAUCAAGAAAUAUGCGAAAUAUAUGGAAAUUCGUGUAAAAUUCACUUUAUAGACGUGACAUGGCAAUGCUUGAACUAUUUCACCUUAUUCAAGUUAUCUAACAUUUAGUCUCACAGUAAAGUCAUGCAGAGAUCCAUUUGUGAUUUGCUCUUUAGGAGAAUUAGAUGAAUUUGUUACCUUAAUUUUGAGUAAUUCAUCACAUAAAUAUGUGUUUUGACCAUCCUCUCAUUUAAACAGAGCUAGUUUGGUUUGGCUAGCUUAGCUCUGGUUAGUUUCUCACUACUUGAGACGUCUGAUCAUAAAUUUGCAAACAGAUCAUCUCAAGUCAGUUGCUAUUAAAGUUUAUGGAUUAGGGCCACAGGAAGAGAAAAAAAAAUAAUUACUGGAGGGAGAUUUUUUUAAUGUCCAUUUCAAGAUUAGCUCUUUAAUGCCUGACACCACAAAUUACGGCCAGAAAAUUCAACAUUUUUUGGAGCUGAAAUGUUGAUUUCACUUUCUACUGAAAACCAAAAAAAAUCAAAAUGUCCUAAAAAUUUAACAAAUAUAUUUAUUUAUCUCGUUUGAUACAUCAGAUGUGUUCGGAAAUUGAUAAACUACAACAGGACAUUUUUAUCAUUUAUCAGGCUGUACUCAGGUGUUUUUUUAGUAAUUUCUUGAUCGUAUUGAUUUGAUAGAAGUAUUUAAAAGUAUGUAUUAAAUAUGAUACAAAAGGUAUUAAGGGGUUAAAGUUGAAAUUUUGAGAUUAAAGUCGAAUUUAAAAAACGUCGAAAUAAAAAAAUUGAAAUUUCAAGAUUAAUCUCGAAAUUUUGUGGAUAAAGUCCAAAUUUCAAGUUUAAAAACAUUGUAAUAAAGUCAUUUUUUACGUGAAUAAAGUCGUUUUAAAAUCAUUUCUUACGAGAGUAAAGUCAGAAUAAAGUCCUUAUAUUCUAACCUGUUGUUUAAGAUGACAGUUGUUGAAAUGAGAGCCGUGGAGCAUUUCUAUUCUUGUUGAAUUGUGUUUUUCUACUCCUGUAUGAAGUUACAUGCAGUCCAGUUUAUUUAUGUAGUUAUUCAUUAGUUUAUUUAGUUUGUUAAAAAGUUAGUUUGUUAGUCGGUUUGUUAGAUGAACCUAAACCCUGAAAGAAAAAGGGGAAACUCUUUAAAAGACAGACACAGAUUAAGACAAGUGGGAUUGGGAUGACAAUGAGCAUAAGUCAAAUCCCUCCUCAGAGCGUCGCUCUCGCACGCAGGUGAAAGAUUAAGAGAGCUCCGCUAAUUAUGCACAGGUGUAAAGAUUUAAGCUUUUAUCCUUCAUUAUGUGUAAAAGAGAAGAAAUGAAUCAGCCGUGCGUAUAGAGUUUAGUGGAUAUGAAUAGAAAGUUAACCAGAGAGAGAAGGCAGCAAACAGGAUGAUGAGAUAAAAAUACAACCUCAUUAAAACCUCCGAUACGUUUCCUAUUUUAAACAGCUCAUGUGACCCUGUUUGUCUUCCAGAUAAGAAAAACACUUUAAUAAUCCCGGCAUUAGCAGAGCAGACUCCAAAUAAAUGUCUCUGCUGUCUUUAUUGGUUGUGCUGUGUGAUAAACAGGUGAUGUAUGCCCUCUCAUUAGGCCAAUUUAUCGCUGUCAGAGCCAAUGGGAAAAAGGCUACAGUGCAUUAGCAGGCGGCAUCGACUUCCUAAGCACUUGCCAGAAACCCUCUUGUAAAAAGGUACUUAAAGCAGAACAAGGAAUUACACAAAUUAGCUUAGUUGUUGGAUGGUUGUGAGGCCGUGUUUGCUUGACCUCUUGAAUGCGUUUGUCUGUCUAAAGGAGCCUCUCAUUGGGGAAACUUUGCGCUUUAAAGAUCUGGGUAUAUAUUUGAAGUCCAGUGCGGCGGACCUUUACUUUUCUCCGACAUGAAAUCAGCUGUAUCAAAACCACCCGGCUGUACGGGUGGAGAGCUAUUUGUUACUGCCUCCUGCCACCGCAGAAACACCUCUGGAUGUCUCUGAUGAUGAAUAGUUAAGAUUGCACUCCGCUGCUCCACUCUGCGCCUCGGCCUUUUGUUCUCCGCCCCCGCUUGAGUAAAUCCCAUCUCAUCUUAUCUUUCCAUUUAUCUAUUUCCACGUCUCUCUUUUUUACAGAAAUCCAGCGCCUACUCUCCACCAGCCCGAGCUCUGGUCAGACGAUUUUAAUGACUUCAUCUGCAAGUGAGUGUGAAUGCGAGUGUCCCUGUGAAUCAUAAAUAUUUACACCGAUAGUAGUUGCACUUUGAAUGUGAAUCCAUUGCAUUCCUCUGCCUUCUUUUAGAUGUCUGAUAAAGGACUUUGAGCUCAGACCCAAUGUGUUAGACCUGCUGCAGCAUGUGUUCAUCAAACAGAUCGUCGGCAAAGAGAAAAUCCUGCAGAAACAAUUGAUCGAGCUCAUCGAUCUCAACCAACAAAUAGGAGUUAUUGAAAAAACAAGGUACUGUGCAAACCUCACUUUUCCACAUGUGGUGCAACAUAUCAGAAGUUUUACCCGCACAUCUUUAAAUUUUUGAUACAAACUCCAAGAAAGUCUGCGAGCCUCCCUGACAGUCGGUUUCAAACGUCAGGCUGCAGCUUAACUCUUGCAGGCGGUUUAAUCCAAAUUACCUUCCUUCCUUGCUGGAUGUUUUACAAGCCCAGUCACCCCUCCUGUAAACAGCAGUUCAGUCCUGCUCCAGCUCCACUCAGGGCGCUGGCUGCACAGUAUGAGUCAAAAUGUUGGCUCAGGGAAGUGUGUAUUAGCCGUACAGUCAUGAAAUGUUAAUCCUAUUUCUGUCGUUUAAGCCAUCAUGGAAAGACAGACAGGCGCAAAGACAGUAAUGACAGGUAACGACUGAAUAUACAACCCUUCGUGCAACCGUAGGAGUAGAAGAUCGUUGGCUUGUUCCUGUAGCUGUGAUCGAACAUGUACUUGAAAUCAACUACAUGGGCUGAUUGUAGAUUUUCCUAAUUCUGCCACCCUGCUGCUGUUAACAUUGUUGCCCGCUCUCUGUGACGACCUGUUGUUGUAUUGACCUCUAUUUUAUACUAACCUUUUCUCAUGGCCUGUACAAAACGCCAUAUAAAAGCAGUACAUUAAGCAUUUAAGACUUGGUAACCUGAUGCAAUUUAGCGCUGUGGUGUAACUGGGAUUAUGGUGAGUGGCCUUGACGUUGGCAAACCACAGCUGUUGGUAAGCUCCAAAAAACCCUUGAGGUCAACGACCUUUCAAUGAGUAACACGCUUUCGAAGAGAUACAGCGCAAUAGUUGUGUGAUGUACCGCCAUCGUUAACUGAACGAUAGCAUGUCUUUAAUUUGAAGGUCAUCUGAAUUUGGCAAAAUUAGUCUGACAUUUCUAAAAGAUAGAUUUUAUUUGAGCUUUCAAUGGUUGUAUCAGCUCUGCACUUCAUUUGGAUGGUCUACCUGUUGACAUGCUAUCACUUCAUAUUUUGUUGCGUGUCAACUGUAGGUUUUACUGUUGUCAAGAGUUACCGCUUAAAUUAGAUAGUCCUAACACGUCUAGAAAUACUUUGCUGAGACUGCCAGCUGAUGAUGGUUCCAACUCACAGAUUGAUUUAGCGUAUUUUAAGUGCACCUAAAGUCUGCAGAUAGUUUAGGACACACUAGGUAUAUUUUAGGGGUUGUAACAACUCAGAUAGUUCCAAUUUAAGCAUAGGUAAAGUAUACUGUGAGGAUGGGGAGAAGUAGACGAUGUAAACAGGGAAUACAGAGUCCGCAGUGCACUUUCUGCUUUCUUAUUUAGGUAGUUUUCCCUGAAUUGCAAAAGUUAAAAUUAAAGUGAGAUUUUUUUUUAAUUUUUAAAGUUUAGCUUCAAGCACUUUUUCUGCAUUAACACUACAGAAGCUCUACUUAUAUAAUACACUUAAAGCUUAACCUAGCUGUUGAUCAUAUCUACAUUGUGUCAUCAAUCCAAGAGAUGCUUAUUUUUGCCCUCUGCAAACACCAUCACCCACGGCAUUGCUUCGUGCUGAUACAGUUUGUGCACACACCGUGUUAGAUUUGAAUUUAGAUUGCUAACAUUGUCAUAUAGAGUGUAUACAGUGAUGGUUUUGCUCAGCGGGAGACCUGAUUGAGACUCUUGUGAGUUCCAGGCAUGAACGGAUCCACACUAAAAGAGGAAGCCACAUGAAGAUGCAGAGUGACCCGGAUGAGGUGGAUGACCUUGCUACCCUUGAAGUCCUUGAUGAGGUAAAAAAAAUAAGACUUCAGAAAUCUCAAUUAUAAAAAAAGUGACGAUCUUAGACAAUAGACAAAGUAUGUCACAGUGCUGAAUGGUAACAUUCAAAAUGUAAGGAUACAAUACAAAACUUAAUGAUAUCAUACGAUCACAAUACAAUAACGAUAAUGAUAUGAUCACAAAAUGAUCACGAUACGAAAUUAUAUGAAAUGACCACAAUAAAAUAACAAUAACAACAUGAUAACAAUAUAAUACAAUCACAAUAUGAUCACAAUAUGAAAUUAAGUUAUACAAUACAAUCACAAUAAUAGACAAAGUGAUAAUUAUAUGAUACAAAAAGAUAAAAUCACAAUAAUGAUAUGAUCAUGGUACAAUAAAAAUACGAUCGCAGUAUGAUACAAUUACAAGACGAUACAAUCAGGAUACAAUAACAAUACGAUUGCGAUAUGAUACGAUUACAAGACGAUACAAUCACGAUACAAUAAUAAUACAAUAACAAUACGAUCGCGAUAUGAUACGAUAAAAGACAAUAUGAUCAUGAUACAAUAUGGAAUGAAAUUAUACAGUACUGCCACGAUACGAUAAUGAUACGAUCAUGAUAUGAUAAUGAUAAGAUCACGAUACAAUAUGACAUGAUACAAUACAACAUGAUACAAUCACAAUACACUAAUGAUACACCAACGAUUCAAAAAGAUACAAUAAGAUACGAUAUGAAAUGAAACUAUACAAGAUACAAAAGCAUAUUGUAUGAUACAGUUAAGAUAACAAUACAAUACGAUACAAUAACAAUUCAGUAUGAGAUGAUAAAAAGUACAAUUUUAUGAUAUGUUACGUUAGAACACAUCAUAAAGUCAAUAUGAGAUCUCACCCUAUCAUACAAUACAACACAACACAAUACUGUACAGUGGACACACUUUAUACCCCCUCAGGGAAAUUUUUCCUGGACUGAACUGCUGCAAACAUUCAUCUGCUUCGACGGUGACAUCAGUAAGUGAAUGAUCAGACUAAAUGAAUUAGUGGAGAGCUCACAGUGGCACAGGGUUAGCUCAGGAGCUGAAUGUACAGAGUCUGCAGUCCUCAAGGUGACAGCCUGGAGCUGUUCUUUGCUUUCUUUAAAACUCUAUCAAUUCUAUAAGUUUUCUAAAACAGCUGAGUAUGCUGGGAUCACUGAAACACUCAUUGGUAUGUACUAAAUGAAGCGACUUGAAUAACUCUGGCAUUUUAUUGAAAUACAAUACUCACGAUUUGCACCACAGGUCUGCCAGGCAUGUUUCUCUGUUGUUUUGUGGGAACACCCGGCGUCACUUCCCUUGAUUACCCCUGUUGUCAAACUCCUGUGAGAAAUUCACGGCAGCGUCUCUCACACAAACAGCAAUUCAUCAAAUCUGAGUGCCGCAUUGAUGUAUUGAAUGAUACAAUCAGUCCCAGUUGCUAGCGGAUAUUUCCAGCCAUCUUUCAAAACAGGCGGCUUUGUCCGCGUGUUGAGGUUCUUAAUGUACCUGUCCGAGCAGCGCGAUGACUGGAGAAUUAAUCACUAUAUGACUAUGACACUGACGUAACAGGCGUCGCAGGCCCUGACUUGAGGCAUGUUGUCUCUUAUUAUACGACCCUGACAAUGAUCUUAGUGUUAAUUUGUUCAGGAAGCUUUCUUUUCAUGAUUAUUUAGUGAAUCUUGCUUGUUUUCUUUCUCAGAACACCGUCACAGAGCAGCUUCAGAGCCGCUACGGACGAGAUCAGAUUUACACGUAUGUGGGGGACAUACUCAUCGCAGUCAAUCCUUUCCAUAAGAUGGAGAUAUACACUCCCCAGGUCUGUGAGCGUAUAGAUUUUUGUGUUUCCUUUCAUGCACCUGUGCUCGUACAUUUGGUCAAUAAUGCACUGAAUGAAGCUCAGCGCAUCUCAUUAGAGCCUCUGCAAUUCUUCAGUCGGCUGCAUCCCAUUUAGCCUCACCCCUCCAAACAUACACACCUGUCUCUCUCUUCCUCUGCAAUACCUCACUGACUUUGUUUUCGAUCAAUCAUUAUGUUUUUCUUUGUCUCAAGUUGGCAACCAUUUUUCAUUCCUGUCCUCUCAGAGCAACAAAAUAAUCUCUUUCCAUGUGUUGUUGAAACUAGAAAUAUCCCAUUAAGACACCGUCAUUAUUCACUCUUAACUGAAACCUAAUGUCUGUUGCAUAUGUGCGAGUGUUCAAGUAUGUUGUUUCUCUUUAUAGUACAAUAGGAUUUACAUAGGAGCGAAGCGUUCGGCUAACCCUCCGCACAUCUUCGCUGUGGCUGAUAUCGCCUACCAGUCUAUGGUGUCCUACAACGCCGACCAGGUAAGCGUGCAGAGAGCAGACACUUCUUUCUUUUGUUACUUUUUUAAUGAAGUCUAUUAUACUGCAGAGAUUAAUUCACUUUUUGUUUUCAUCCCCACAAUAAUCUCUGCGCCUCUCUGUCUACAGUGUAUUGUGAUCAGUGGGGAAAGUGGAGCGGGGAAAACAGAGAGCGCUCAUCUGUUGGUGCAGCAGCUGACUGUUCUGGGAAAGGUGAGUCAUACAGUAGAUGUCGAGACCCUCUCAGCUUCAGUAAACUGUAUGAUGGUUUGUCAAUGGGCGGGGCUUAGUUAGGAGCUGUCUUUGAGCUUUUUUUUGACAAUGAUGAAGGAUAAUGCGAGUCUCUCCAAAUAUGUGAGGCCACUUGCUGUCUGAGACCAAAGGUUUAACUUUGAUAAGUUAAUACCGGACUAUUAACGGUGGAAUGGAUCGACAGGUAAACUCACCUGAAACCCAAAUGAAGAGUGUAAAGACAUUUUUAGGGCAUUUAAGUCCUUGGAUGUCUUUAUAUUUGUGGUUAGAAGACAAAGAAUUUUCUCUGUUUUUAGCUAACAUCCCAUUUACAAAAAAUAACAGCAACCACAAAGCCUUUUUGAUCGCCUCUGACUCUUCUUUAUGCAUUUGACCAGAGGCCGUGGCAGCUGGUGUACAUUACUAUCACUCCUUUUUCUCUCACCCAACACCAGAACAAAAUGCCGUAUUUGAGACUCUUUUGUUGCAUACUGCCCCGGGAUGAUGAGUCAUAUUUCCCUCCAGUUUUACUUUGUUUUUUUCCUCCAACUAAAACUGCGGUGUCACUGUGAUGUUGGCCCUAAAGGCUCUAUUAGUCCUUUGCUACAAAGAUCACAAAGUCGGCCCCAGAUGUACUGUGGGUCAUGAGAAAGUUCAAUCAAACCAGAUUUAAACAUUAGCAAAAAAAGCAAAACACAAACAGAUGUUUUCAGGGAAGGAAAGUUAUGUUUGAUGCAGAGUUAUGCAGAAUAUAAGCUGCAUUGGUUUACAAUAAUAAACUAAUUCAUCCACUCACCAAUACCAACUCUGGACAGCGUACUGUCAUGUUCAGAGGUAUGAAAAUAUGGAAUAGUCUUAUUACAGGGUUAACUAGUAAACAUGUGUUUAAAAAGAAGGUAUAUCAAUAUCUAAUGACCCAGAAUCACUGAAAUAAGAAACAGAACACCUUGGAUAGGCUGUGACCACAUACCAUUCAUGCCAAUGAGAUUUUGAUUACUAGUACACUUAUCUUGGCCUUUAUUGGUGUCUGCUGUAAUAGGAAAUGUAAUGUCAUCAUAAUUCUUGUUUUAGUUAUGUUUUUAACAUCUUUUAUAAUUCUACCAUUUGGAUUUUUAUCAUUUUAAUCUAUUCUAAUAUUUACUGUCUUCUUGCGGAGCCCAGGAAGAAUAGCUGCUUCUUAGGUGGUAGCUAAUUGGGAUCUAAAUAAAUAAAUAACAAAAUAAAUAAAAUACGGUGCAGUCUGUUUUGGGGAUUCCUACUGGGAAGAAAGCUUGAGCUGCGUUUCUAACAUUACAUCCAGAAAUGUGCGGUUUAUGUGCAGACGUGUAGCUCUCAUCGUCGCCAGCUACCUGUAGAGUAUUUCAGUAGUUAAAUACAGCCUGUAGUGGUGUUGAUAGCUGCAAGAUACAGAUGGAUCUGCUGCCCAUGACUACUUAGCUAAAACACUUUUACCAGCAGAUUUAACUUUUGACCUAAUGAAAGGACAUUGCUCAACUAGCCUGCUUUGUUUCUCAGAGUGCCAUCUUCUGGGUAAAAUACGGUACUGCAAUGAAACCCUGUUUAGCAUUUGUAUAUUGACACCAGAGUAUAGGAAGCACAUCUCUUUUAGCUGAUUAAAAAGAAAGUAAGGAUGCAUAUAUACACUGAAUUUUACAGUCAUUGCUUCCACUUACACAACUUGACUGUUGGCUAGGAGAAGUCAACCAAAUCUUUGACUGACAGGUUAUUUGAAAACGUUAUGAAUCAUUCAUAUUGAAGGAUUUGAGACUAAUAAGACAACACAUUUCAAGUUAUGAGUUGUACAUUUUCACAAGCUGUCUGUGCUUCUACAAUCAUCUGUAUUUAGAAAACUAAUAUCUCCAACACACCGUCCGGGCAGCUCCACAUUCCUAUAACCAGUGUGUUAGGCGCUCGAGCUGAUGCCAGUCAUGAUUUACGAUUUGAUUGAGGAGAGACAGCCCAGUUUCAAUUUACUUUUUGCAUUUUAUACAAGUGGAGGGAGGAAAUUGGAAAUGACAGUGUGAUUUUUUGAUGGGUAUAGCACAACUGAAAGGGCAAAUUCCUGCAGUAUUUCUUCAAAAGUAAAAAAAAUCAGUUACUCAGCUGGAAGAUAUACUUUUUUUCAGGCCAAUAACCGGACACUCCAGGAAAAGAUCCUGCUGGUAAACAGUCUGGUUGAGGCUUUUGGGAAUGCCUGCACCGUCAUUAAUGACAACUCCAGCCGCUUCGGCAAAUACCUGGAGAUGAAGUUCACCUGUGGAGGGACUGUGGUGGGAGCGCAGAUAUCUGAGUACCUGCUGGAGAAAUCUCGAGUCAUCCACCAGGCUGUGUAAGUAUCACACCUUUUCCUUUGGCACUCCUGAGUUUGCUGACCGUCAUUCGAAAAGAUUAUUCAUAGGAACUUGAGUCAAGCGCCUGUAUGUUUUCAGAGCAUAACCAAGAAGGUCAUUUUCAGCCUGCUGGUCAGGGAUCAGUGCGUAAUGGAUUCUGUCUCUCUUCCUUCCUCUUUCACUCCUACGUCUGAAACUGGUGACAUUUGCCUUCAACCUACACUCCAGUCAAUCCAUCUUCACCUCUUAUCGUGUGUCUGGGGAGACCAGCGGGUCAAGUUGAGGGGCUGGCUUAUUUCCUGUCUGAUCAGAGAUUGUGGUCUCGCAGGUUUCUUUAGGAGACAGACGUGACUCAUUUGUUCGAAAACAGACACAAGCUCCACUUUUCGAGCUUGUUAUAAAAAAGUUGUUGAACUGAAAAACACGUUUUUUGUCAGUUUUCAAACAGGAUUUUUGAUUGUAUGUCUGUAUUUCUUCAAUCAGUUUUUUUUUCUGAGGACUGUCCUUAUACCUAUAAAAUAGUGAGGGUUUCUACAAACAUUGAUUUAUAGCACUAUAAGUUAUAUAAUUGUUACUAUAUGCUUGUAUUUUAACCACCAUUUAAACCAUUAUUUUUGGACUUAUUUCCUGUUAGUUUGAACAGGAAGCUAAAUUCUGACUCACUGACAUGACACAUACCUGUGAUGGUUACACAUCUCUAGUUGUGUAUUAUGGUUCAUCCUAUCCUAUUUCCUCAUACUUGAAAUCAAACUCCAUGUCAAGCACCUUCAAGACCUGAUUUCCAGUCUCUGUCUUUGUGUUUCCACAGAGGAGAGAGAAACUUCCACAUCUUCUACUACAUCUAUGCUGGCCUGGCUGACAGGAAGAAACUCGCCCACUACAGGCUCUCUGACAGCAAAGCACCUAAGUAGGUUUGACAUCCCCCGAGCUUCUCUUGAAUGCUGUUAUCGUCUGCUCACACAGCAAACAUCCUACGUCCAGAGACAGCAGCCCUGAUCUUUAUGUUACCUCGUUGAUCCGCAGGUACCUGUGUAAUGACCACAUUAAACUGGGGCCUGACAUAGUGAGCAACAACUUCUACAAGGAGCAGUUUGAUGCAGUGGAGCAGUGUUUCAAAGUCAUUGGAUUCACCCUGGAGGUACAAAAUGCUGCAUUAAUUACUGGGCACAAAGCUGAAAGUGGCUUUCCCUCAAGGUUUACCAGCAUAACCUUCAUCCUUUCACUCCUGCAGACAAGCUCUCACUCCUUUAUCGUUGGAAUUUUGUGUACAACUAAGAGACAGUGUAUAGACUAUCAAAUGAAUCAGUUACCCAGUAAAAAUGUCUUUAAAGCAAGAGUACAAAUAGAUCCUCAUGUCAGCUGUGUAGCAUGAGAUGGAGCGUGAAGCUGCGGUUGCAUGUAGGCAGUCAGCUGCUGGCAUUGUGAAGGCUAAUGAGGCCCAAAGAACUGAUUGCCUCUGGGAUCUACACGUCAAUAGUACUUAUCCUGAAAUCACUUUGCUGUACUGGAGGAACGUCCCACUUCUUAUCUUGCAUGAAAUCACAGAAUACAUAUACGUAGAGGAUCUUUGAAGCAUGCUUAUCUGUUUAUGAAACACGUCAUGUGUCAAACACAACGGUGUCUGGUAGUGUGGCUAUAGUAGUGUUUGGUUCCUACUCACUGAUAUACUUUAGCCUUAAACUAUUACUGCUUUACAGACAAGCAUUAUAUUUUAUAAUCGAUUCUCUGACAAACAGGAAGCCAGUGUAAAGACCUCAGAACUGGAUUGAUGUGAUCCGCUUUCUUUGCUGAAGUGUUCUGUUAAUCAGCUGCAACUGUUUGAGACACUGUCACUGCUUUUAGGUUGAAAAUGCAUGGACCUGUUGAUGUAUAUUCUGUGAUCUUAGUCAGUGAGAGCAUAUAAAUGUGAAACUAACGAGGCCCCAGGAUGGAGCCUUGGAGAACUCCACAUGUAAUUUUGUCUAUUUGAGGUGACAAAACAAAGUAUUCUGUUCUCAAAUUAAGAUUUAAACCUCAUUUGAAAGUCAUUCAAACCAUUAUUUUGUUAUUUUAUAUGAUCUCAGUAAGUGAGAGCAUAUAAAUGUGAAAUUGAAGAGGCCCCAGGAUGGAGCCUUGGGGAACUCCACAUGUAGUUUUGUCUGUUUGAGGUGAAGAAACAAAGUAUUCCAUACUUAAAUUGAGAUUUAAACCUCGAUUGAAAGUCAUUUAAACCAUUAUCUGAUUCAGGUCUCCAUUAAGAGGUUAUGCUGGAUUUGCUGGACUUUUAGGGACCGUCAGAAAGCCCUUUUCCCACAGACUAAUACUUGCAGUACUUAAGUGUUUUCAUCUUGUUAGUGACCACAAUCCUGGCCAAUUUAAUCCAUCUUUUUCUCUAAAAUAUGAUUUUUUUUCAAGUGUUAAGUGUUUAUCUUGGUACUAAAAUUAAUCAUCAAUAUCAUAAGUUUAAUUGCACUUAACAAAAUAAUUGAAGGCAGUUUUAGUGACACAAUAAUCUCCCUAAGACUGUCAGCAUUUAUUAGAAGGUGGUGAAACAGGAAACUUACUGAAUUAAGAGGAAAACUGAAAGGUGACGGUGCAUAAAUGUUCCUUUUAAAACUUUAUUUUCAGUUCACAGUUUAAGUUUUAAGGCAUAGCUGAAGGUUUUUUUUGUUUAUAUCAAAUACCGUCCCAUGGUUAAAUGUUUUCCAGAUUAAAUAGCUGUCUAUCAUUCCUCCAGGAGCUGGGCAGUGUUUACAGCACUCUGGCAGCCAUCCUUAACUCUGGCGAUAUCGAGUUCAUUCCCGUCGCCUCGGAGCAUCAAACAGACAAGAGCAUCAUCUCCAACAUCUCUGUCCUGGAGAAUGGUAAGAGGAGAAAGAGAGAGAGAGAGAGAGAGAGAGAGGCUUGAUUUACUCUGAAUUUCCUCUGUUUCACUCCUACUUCUCACACUCCCCUUUAAACUCCUCUACAAAGAUUCAAACGCAUACAAGCUGUUUUAAUUUACAGGAACAUUAAUAUUGAACAUGUACACGGUUUUCCUCUGAUGUGGUGUUUUCAGAAAAGCAGAAUAACACAAGUGUUACGGUUUCACAUCUGUCCCAUCCCGCCUAAUAAACAUAAACCUUAUUUCCUCUUAGUGGCAUCACUGCUGUGCAUUCGCUCAGACGAGCUCCAGGAAGCCCUGACCUCUCACUGCGUAGUCGCCCGAGGAGAGACAAUCGUCAGGCCUAACACGGUGGAGAAAUCGGGGGUGGUGAGGGACGCCAUGGCCAAGGCUCUCUACGGACGCCUCUUCAGCUGGAUCGUCAACCGCAUCAACACGCUGCUGCGGCCCGACAGCGACCCGGGGUGAGAUCAGGGGCAGGAUGUGUGCUGUAGAGUGUUUGGCACUCAUGAAUGCACAAUGAGGGGCCUCAUGUCCUGGAAUCAGAGCCAAAAAUGCAGAAACACAGUGUAGCCUUGUGGUAUUUUAACAAGGAUGAUUAUAACAUCCUAUAUAUUCUCAUUAUAGAGGCAUGGAUGCUGCCAAACAUCAACCCCGAUAAAAGAAUUAUUUAACUUUUUAUUUUACAUUCAUUUCUCACCUUCAGAGAGGAGGACAAGGGUCUAAACAUCGGUAUCCUGGACAUCUUUGGUUUUGAGAACUUCAAGAAGAACUCAUUCGAGCAGCUUUGCAUCAACAUCGCCAACGAGCAGAUCCAGUUUUACUUCAACCAGCACAUAUUCGCUUGGGAGCAGGUACAGGCUUUGACCGGCAUCCACCUUUGACAGUGACUUAUAUUUUAAAACGCUUCCUGAGUGCUUUAAACCCUCCUGGAAAGCACUUUCGAUGCAUUUUUCACCUUGGUACAGCUUCAUUUCCAUCUAAAUGGUGAUAACACGCCAUCGUUUGUCACUGCGUGCUUUAAGAGAGACGGCAAGGGCGAAAUAUGCUGCUGUCUUUAUUUACGGGGGGGAAUGAGGACCUCGAUUCCCCCUUUAUGCAGUGUCGUGGGUGUGUUUCGCCUUGAGGGGGCAGAGAACGGUUUGCUCAUGUUAAAUGAUUUGGUCUCACCCACAGAGAGGAGCCAUAAAUCAUCCUAAACGAGGGUCAAUUAGGAGUUGAAGACAGUUUGCGUUUGACUUAAUCUCACUCUUGGGUAUUGUUGGCAGCAGUCCCAGACAUACAUUUGUCCUAUACUGCCUCCAUAUAGACAGAGCUGUGGGGAUUGUAGUGAGCUAUGGGAUUAUUUAAAUCCCAUCUACAGUAAAAUGAAGCAGAUUUAGCCCACCCUACUGUAUGCUCAGGUUAUAUCUCUAUCAUAUCCUUUACCUCCUCAGCUUAUAUGUCCACACAUGCGGUUAGAUAUUCCCCAGAUCUAUCUGCAUCCCUGCAGAGCUCCUAAUGCAGCUUGUUUCCUUCACAGCAUGCCGCUCAUGCUACAGUAAGCACGUUGAUUUGAUGUUGUUUGUUCCUUCCCUCUCAGAAUAGAAGUCUCCGGUAAUGUUGCUGAGUCAUACUGGGGGCUCGCAGAGUCAGUCAACCCCGAUGUGAUCAGGGUUAGCUGAGAAUAAAGUGGAGAACAAAGCUCACUUUGCCCCCGUGGACUAUUUUAAUCCAAAGGCAAUGUGUGAACAAGUCUUAUAUAACAAGGAGAAAGAAAUUCUCACAUUUCCUGGUUGGUUGAUUGUGAUGUUUCAGUGGAUUUCUCUCACUUCUGAAUGUUUAAAGUUUGUCAUUAAAACAUAAAGCUAAGAUGAGGAAAUGUGAGAGAUUAUCAUCAAAGUGUGAAGUCAUUAUGUACAGCCUAGUGAUCAAACACAAUAGUGUGGUCUAUUACCCAAUGAGGAAAGCCCUGUGGUACUACGAGCUGGAGAAUGGUAGCGACGUCCCCCAAAUAAUCUCUGUUUACAGACUCUGCACAGAGACGCAGAGUCUGAACACGCACUGUUGGACCUCAGUUUAAAAAAAAAAGGAUCGUAGUCCAACAGGCUUUAGUGGAUGCAUGAAAAAUAGUCCAGAGCUACAGCAGGUGGAGCAUAGUUCAAUGUAGCAUCAUGGAUAUCAUCUGUGCUAACGUGUGCAGAGGUCAUAAAAAAGGAUCGAUCCAAUGAUAAAUCUUUCUCUGUCUCUGUUGUUGACUUUUUAAAAUCAUGUAUCGCGUUGUUGUAGGGCUGGGCGAUAUGGCCUCAAAUCAAUAUCACAAUAUAUUGAGCAGUUCACCUUGAUGACUAUAAAUGGACGAUAACUACUCCACAAGCUGCUCACCCCCGCCCACAUUAACUUUGUUUACUUCAGCUGCUACAACUUUUGAACCGUCCUCCAUCUCCUCACCUGUCUUUCCCUCUUUGUUACGGACUGGAUGGGUUGGAGUCACAUCUCUGACGUAGGACAGUGUCUUAAAGGGAAAUGAGACCAUAGCCUACCUACACACAUCUAAAACCAUGUUUUAUUUAUUUUUUUGACACAGAAUAUACCGAUAUGGGCAAAAUGAUGUCGGAUUUUGUCGUAAAUUUUGUUACCGGUAAAUUUUCGGUUUAUUGCCCAGCCCUAGCGUGUUGUUUUCGUUGGUUAUCAAACUGAAGAUCGGUUAAUUUCAAGGGUAUCACAUUAAAUUGGGCCUUUUUUUUAAGAGUCUGUUUGGCUUACAGUUAUUGUGAAACUUGAAUGAAACAAUGACUGAGUCUGUUCAGCCCAACCAGAGGACUAAAAUUCACUUUGAAUCUGAACAUAUGGUUGCUUCUUAAGUGGACUGAAAACGGAAAAUUGGAGGAUAAAAAGUCUGAACUGAGUACAAACUCUUGUUUAAUCCAGACACAGUAGGUUCAUAAUCAUAGUGUCUGUUAUUUCUAUCCAGGAUGAGUAUCUGAACGAGGAGGUGGAGGCUCGCAUGAUUGAGUAUGAGGACAACCGACCCCUCCUGGACCUGUUCCUGCAGAAACCCAUGGGGAUGCUCUCACUUCUGGACGAGGAGAGUCGCUUCCCACAGGCCACAGACCAGACCCUCGUAGGUCAGUCCUUUUCAGUCCUAAAGUCUCAACAAAAUUUGGUUCAUGCAUUCAUUCUCAUUUGAGUGCUGAAGACGUCUGAUCCCUUUUUUGGCGAUCAGAAACAAAAGUGUCUGUUAAGUUUCAAAAGAAAGAAGAGAACCGGGUUUAUCGAUGUUUGUUUUGGUAUUUCAGACAAAUUCGACGAUAACCUCAAGACCAAAAGCUUCUGGAGACCAAAGAGGGUGGACCUCGGCUUUGGCAUCCACCACUAUGCUGGAAAGGUAAUUUUAUUUGAUUGUAAAGCAUCUACAUGACUUAGAUUUAAAUCUGCGUCGGCCUUCAAAUUACUUUUAUCCCUCUGUGUCAAACUUUAAGGUGAUCUACAACGCUGCAGGCUUCCUGGCCAAGAACAGGGACACGCUACCGGCAGACAUCAUCCUGCUGCUGAGGUCAUCGGAGAACGAGCUCACGCGUAGACUCGUUACCCAUCCCCUCACCAAAACAGGUUAACGAGUCUUCUCUGCAACGACUGAACACAUUAUACAACACGCUCUCUGAGUCACAACAAGCCAUUGUUACCUAUUUUAGUGUGGCUUUCUUCUCCCGUUUGCCAGAUUUUUGAUGUAAUGGGUUUGCCCUGGCAGUGAAAGAAUCCUCUGUUGGCAGGGCGGGUUGGCAGCUCUGUCAAAAUCGAAUUACAAAGCCAAUAAUUGCAUAAUCACUCUCUUAAAGUCCUCCUAAAGCUGUCGUACUGGGCGGCGCUGCUUCUUUUCCAAGAGAGAGUAACUCUGAAAAGAAACGGCUCCUGACCUCUUGUGGUAUCUGCUUCACUGAGUUCAUUUAUUUAAAUUUUAACGCAGUAACUAGAGGAGUUUUUACAGUAAUUUACCAAAAUUACAUAUUUCUAAUUAUUACAUUAAUAAAAUUCAUGUUUCUGUACAUUUUUCCAUCACUUACAAACAAGCUAACUCUCCAGUCUCUGCUAACUGCCUUUAUUUAUCUCGUAGGUAACCUCGCCCACACCAAGGGUAAAGGCAUAAACACAUUGCGGACUCCGUCACGCACCAUCACCUUCGCCAAGGUACUACACUACUACUAUGCUGUCUGCUUUAUCUCUGUAUUAUCUCCCACAUCAUGAACUCCCCCUGAAAAGUUGCUCCACGUGUUCUUUCCUCUUCCUUCUUUCUCUUCUUGAACCUCAUCCAGCUCUUCGAUCAAAAUUCAGCCUCUUUUGUUCGACUGUGUUUCUUAUUUCUGUCCUAAUCUAAUUUUUUUCUGUGUUUUUCUCUCUUUUCUCUCUGUUUCUUCAUUUCUGUUGGGAAAGAUGGGAAUGCUGACCUUGUACAGUUCUUUUUCUUUCAGCGAGGUAAUACACAUAACUCUAAAUUAGAUUAGUUUCUAAACCUAUGUAAUGCAUUAACAGUGUAGACUUUAGAUUUAUUAAAAUGUAGAAAAAAUUAGCUGAUUUCUAUUUCUAUUACUAUAGAGCUAGUGACAGCUAGAUCUGAAGUAGAUGUGACAUAAAGCUGGAUUCAGAGUGUCCUCAAACGACAGGAAUCCAGCACAACCAAAAAAAACCACAAAAAUCAUGAAAAAAAUCACAAAACUUGGUGUAAAAGAGAACAUUAAAUGCAUUUGAUGUACAGCUAAAAUGCAAAGCGAGGUUUUCUACUUUGUUACCAUAUUUUUACCCAGAAGAUGGCGCAAGUGAUCACAUAGCGAUGCCACUUUUAUCAAGUCAUAAUGCAUCUAAAAAAAUAAAAAAAUAAAAACUUGUGUGGUUAUGGUGUGAUUGAAAAAAAUCCUAUUUAAAUCAAGUGACCAGUUAAGGGUAAGUAGGGCGUCCAUUCAUACUAAUAACUAUCAAUGUUAAUGUAGGCUGAGCCCACAAGUAGCUGGUAACAUAGAGAAAAUAGACAUUACUUUGAGUAGCUACACAUGUGCACAAAAACUGCACAUUGCUUAACCUUAUACAUAAAUUUAAUGCAGAAACAAGUUUAAACCUCAAAAAAAAAAAAGCUGCACCUCUUAUAUAACAGUGUGAUUUAUUGUAUCUGGUUUAAUAGUUAAUGAUAAAGGAUCAUCAUGAUGACAUGUGUUACAGAAACAUUCAGUAUGUUCACUUUAAAGUCUGUAAAUGUCCCUGAAAUGUCUAAGAGCGCCCCCAUCUUUGAAUAACUUCCUAAAAGAUCCCCUUAUGACACAGGGACAUCUUUGCAUUUUGGAUUGAAAGCCUGAAGGAACCACCCAGAGUCUCUGACAGUCGCCGACAGACAAAUAAAACUUAAUUAAAAAAAAACGACCUCCUCUUUUAGCGGAGUCUUUAAACUGUGGCAGUUUAACGUCGCAGCUCCAGCUGAAGUAAAAGCUUCAGGCAGUUGGCUCCCCUAAAAGCAAUUGACAGAAGCAACAACAUUUACAUGCAGCCUGUUUGACGAGUUCUUGAAUCUAUUUCCAUUCAUCUGCAUAUGUUAGACAAAAAGCUCAUCAAAGGUGCAGCUCUUAAGAGGCACAAUGAGCGUCUGAAACGCUGUAAACAGAAUUAGGCUGAUAGCUUACUGAAAAGUGCUGCUCCCCCCACCCAAAGUGAUAGUGCUGUGGGCCGUCAGUUACAUUCAGAGUGCAGCUUGAGGUCACACUUAUAAGAUUCGUAUUAAGUGUUGAGCUGAAUUACACACACCUCACUCUUAUUCUGAACUAGGGGUGGGCAAUAUCACAAUAUAUUGAUCAGUUCACCUCGAUAACGAUAAACGGAUGAUAACUACUUCACAAGCUGCUCACCCCCUCCCACAUUAACUUCGUCUACUUAAGCUGCUUCAUCUUUUGAACCGUCCUCCAUCUCCUCACUUGUCUUUCCCUCAGAGAAUAUUUCCGCUUACUUGAUUUCUGACGAGUCUUUUUUUUCAUUUAUUCAGCCGAGUGAUUCUGGAGAUACUCCAUACCACCCAAGAGAAACCACCAACAUGAGAACCCAGACAGUGGCCUCCUAUUUCAGGGUAAGACCAGGUCCACGGUCUCUCAGAAAGCUCCCUGUACACCCGUAGUUAAUCCGCCUCACUGUUUUCUAGUACUCUCUGAUGGACCUGCUGUCCAAGAUGGUGGCCGGGCAGCCUCAUUUUGUCCGCUGUAUCAAACCGAACAACGACCGCCACGCCAACAAGUUCGACCGGGAGAAGGUUCUGGUUCAGCUGCGCUACACCGGAGUCCUGGAGACGGCCAAGAUCAGACGACUGGGUUACUCCCACCGCAUCCUGUUCGCUAACUUCAUCAAAAGGUCAGCCGACUCUCAGACCUUGAAGAAAAGGUUAUUCAUUACUGUUUAUCCGUCUCACUAAAGCGGCUCUUCCAGGUACUACAUCUUGGCUUUCCACGCUCAUGAGGAGCCGGCGGUGUCUCCAGAAACAUGCGCCACAAUACUGGAGAAGGCCAAGCUGGAGAACUGGGCGAUGGGGAAGACGAAGGUGAGCAAAGAGAGGCAGAAAAUGAGGGGAAAGAGAGAAGUGAGAGGUCACGGCCAGGGGUCAAACCAGCCUCUGGAGUUUUUUAGCUUUUGUACGUGGACCUUCUGAGCCAGUAGAUGGCUUUUUUUGACCCACUGUUAAGUAAUGGACUCAUUCACUAUUUCAAGAGCUCUCACUCAUAUUUAUUUUUAGGGGCACUAGACCCAGAACAUUUAUGGAGGAUUUUGCAAAACAAGAUGCACUUGCACUCAGGCUGCCUGUCCUGACCUGAAAGAGAAACAUGAUGCUUUCUGUUUUUGUCUCUUCCAUAAAGGUUUUAGUUUGAGUCUGUGUAGUAUUGCACCAACUAUCCUGCAUUGCCGGCAUGUUUUAUAAUCAUCUCAGUCAUUUCAUACGAGUUUUUGGAUGGAUUAUAUUCUUAUGAAACAAUUAAAUGUUUGCCUCUGUCGUUAUAAAAGGCUUAUAAAAGUCAGAGAACCAUGAUUUUGACCAGGUUGUGGCGCUCUCUGUGGCCCAAAAGGUCUCACCGCGCUGGGCAGGAGCUCUGGCGAAUGGCUCAGCAUUAGUCCUGGAGCCGGAUCGGGUAGCAACAGCCCCAAACAAACAGUCCUGCACCUACUUUUAUUGUCGCCCUUUGUCAAGUUUGUUUCAGCUGAGAUGACCUGCCGUGUUUUAGUGAUAUGCAAAAGUAAAUAGAUGUCUGUCUUUGUGCUCUCUCCCCGCUCAGGUGUUCCUGAAGUACUACCAUGUUGAACAUCUGAACCUGAUGGUGCAGCAGGCCACGCAGCGGAUCGUCCUGCUGCAGGCCUACGUCCGAGGAUGGCUGGGAGCAAAGCGAUACCGACGCUUAAUGAAAGAGCGAGAACAAAGCGCUCUGGUGCUGCAGUCAGGUUUGUAAACUGAACACUUAAAUUAGGGUGACCAUAUGUCCUCUUUUACCCGGACAUGUCUUCUUUUUCUGGGGCUGUCUUGCCUUGUCCGGGGGAGUUUAUAAAAUCCUUCAAAUGUCCAGAGUUUUGUAUCAAAGUUUUGAUUUUGUGUCACGCGGACUUACUGAAUUUGAAGCGCGUAAAAAACACUAGACCCGACCUGAAAAACUCUCAAAAUUUACUACUUGCGACUCUGUGAUUCCGCCUCUGCAUAGUCGUGUCCUCUUUAUGGUCACCCGACUUAAAUCUUCAUCAUAAGAUGCUGAAGUGAUCGCGCCAACUCUCGCCUUCUCCUUUCUCCAGCUUACAGAGGACACAAAGCUCGAAAGAGGGUUGCUGAUGACAAAGGCAAAGUCAAGUUGGAGGCCUUCAUCGUCCAGUUUCAGGCCGGUAAGAGAUUCUGGCAGAUGCACACUACACUUCAUUUUGGGUGUUGAUUUACUCGAUUGAUUUUUCCUUGUGUCGGCUUCAGUUUGCAGAGGCUAUCUCGCAAAAAAGAAAUACAAGGAGCUGGUGGAUGAGAAGAACAAAGCUGCCACCAAGAUUCAGGCGCGCUACAGAGGGCACAAAGAAAGGAAAAACUUUAAAGGAAAACGGUAAAAAUAAAAGAAGAGAAGAUGACUCAUUAUUUAAAGGAAUUAAAGGAUGUUUGUUUUGUUUUUAUGCUGAGAUGUUAAUGUUCUUGUAGGGAAGCCAAAGAGAAAGAGAAAUCAGAGAAGGUGCUAAAAGAAACGGCUGCACCAGAAGAGACCCUCAAUGAAGGAAAGUCCCCUUCCUCCAACAACGAAGAGGAGGAAACGAAGGCUGCCGUGGUCCUCCAGAGCAACUUCAGGGGCUACAAAGAGAGGAAGAAGUUUCAGGAGAGGAAGAAGGCAAAGACGGAGACAGAGUCGCCAGAGAACGAAGAAGAAGGGGAGAAAGAAGCUGAGAAAGAGCCAACCAGCAAUAAUGAGGAGGAGGAGGAGGAGAAGACGGAGGAUAAACAGGAAGAGAACGAUGAAGAUGAUAGCACGUACGAAGCUGAGGAGGAUUUUGACAGCGAUAACACACAGGUGCCAGACGAUGAAGAGCAUCCGGUCGUGGAUGAAGAAGCACCGGUGGAGGACGCGGUGGAGGCAGAUGUUUGGCAGAAAGAGCAGGAUGGGAACAAGUUACAGAACGGAAAAGAAGAAGAAGACGUCAGCACAGAAGAUGAAACCAAAGCUGCCACGGUUCUCCAGAGUAACUUCAGAGGUCACAAAGAGAGGAAGAGGCUGCAGGAAGAGGGCAAGAUCCCGGUGAAGAAGAAGAAAGCGAAAAGUCCUGGAGAAGAAGCUGACGUGUCCCCAAGUGAUGUGAAGUCAGACGACCGAGAGGAGGCUAAAGCAGCCGUGGUGCUCCAGAGCAACUUCAGAGGCCACAAGGAGCGUAAACGACUGGAAGAGGAAGGAAAGAUACCGAAGAAGAGGAAGAAAGAGGCAGAGAAACCUGCGCCACAGUCGGAUGUAGAGGAGGAAAAAGCCGCGACUGUCCUCCAGAGUAACUUCAGAGGUCACCGAGAACGGAAAAAAAUGAAAGCAGAGAGAGAAGCGAGAAACAAAGUGAAGGAGUAUGUUGAUUACGACAUGGCAGAGGAGGCGAUUGAGGACGCCCUGGAUGUUUCUUACGUGGUGAUAGAGCGGAAAGACAGCGCGGACGCUGAGAGAGAAAGGCAAGAAGAAGAGCAGGCGGCGGUGAGGAUCCAGAGCAACUUCAGAGGGUACAAGGACAGGAAGAACCUGAGGGCCAACAAGCAGACGGCAAAGACAGAAGCUGCAGACGUGGAGAGCUUCUCCAUACAGGUAAAGACCUGAAUCAACCUAGAAAUGGGAACAUAGAUGUCUCACUAACACCGACUGUGUCAAGUAUCAAUAACGUUUCCAUGGGUGCAGACAUUACGAAUAGACCUCUGCUCUGUCAAUCAUGAUGCCACGCCCCCUCAUUUUAAAAUAGAUAAUCUUAUAAAUCUGAACUUUUCAGAAAAAUGAGUUCUUGGACUUGGACCAGUAUGUUUAAAUCUAAUACAAUGACAUAACAACACCUUUGUUAAUAUGAAGGAGGUGGGGUUUAUGACCAGUAGAGGGAGCUCUAAAUCUUUUGGCUUCAUGGUCAGUGAAUACCUGUGGUGCUCCUUUUAACAGUCUAUGUUCAGUUAUAAAUCAGUUCACUGAAGGGAUGAUUCGGAUUAAUUCGAUUCCCCUUUUUUGAAAACGCAGAGGGCGAUGUCUCCCUUCGACUCCUCUUUUUGGACAUCAUUACUUCUCUUACGACGGUAGCGUAUUGAUGACAGGUAAAUGAAGAUUAUGGAGAUGCAUCUACUGUUUCCUCGGGGUCCAGCCGAGAAGGAUUUGCACGAUGGGUUUCAUGUUUACACAUAAAUGGAUAAUCCCUCCUCUAUUCUUUGCACACUCAGCGGGUAACAGAAGAGAAGAAUGUUACAAAGACUUAACCACUUCUACCUCUUCAGGGGGUCUUACUGAAUCAAACUUUUGUUUUACUGUGGGUCCCUCAAACCCUCAAAAUAUCCUGGAAAACUGAGUCGAGCAUAUUGUUCAGUCACACUUUCUUUGUCAUUUGUUGUUUUUGCGGCAUCUCCUAACAGAUCUCCAAGGCUUCUCAGGACUUUCUGGCCCUGCAGCAGAAGUUGAACGAGAUCAUCCAGAACCGUCAAUCAAACCCGGAGAAGAACGACGCAUUAGGGAGAGGGAGGGCGAUCAACGGCUACGCUACCCAGAAUCACCAAACAAGUAAGACCACUGCGAAAAAGGGCGAUAAAUAUGUGUUACAGACAAAAAGAUUCUGUUUAAACUGAGAUUAUUAACAUCCAGGAUAUGAAGCGGGAUUAUUAUAGAGGUGUGCAGGCCUGUGUCAGCCUUUUCCACGCUGUCCUUUCUCUUAAUAUAUAGAAAAUUUAUUACCGUCGUCUCUCAGAAGACAGCGAUGUUAUCGACGGGCGCCUUUCUCCUUUUCUCUCGUGAGGCGUGAUUAGAUCAGGAAACCUGGGAAAGUCAAGUGCCAAAACAGGAAGCGCUUCUCCUCCCAGUAUGUCAUCAAAAAUAAAAUUUGAUUUGCACAGGUGAUAGGUGUAAUUGCUUUCAGGAUGGUGAGUGGAGAGGAGGGGGCGGGGGCGGCGAAAUUGAAAGUUCACCAUCUUUGCAAAACGGAGCUGACAGCGAAAAUGUCACAACUUAUGAGAGAAAGAAGGUAAUAAUGAAGGAGUAAUAAUAAAGGCAAUGAUGGCCUUUGAUUGAUCAGGAACAUGAUUAUUGGGACAUUUGGGCUUUUUUAGUGUCUCUGUUACAUCUAAGAAGUGGUGAGUGUAUUUAUUUCCAUCUGUAUGAUCCUUAAUUUUUUUAUUUUUAACUUUUUAAUAUGACUAGAAUUGAAAGAUUACAUUUGAAGUUAAUCGCAUGUCAUGUUAAAUGUGUAUUACAUAAAUAAUAGUUUAAUUUCUUACACUUUAACAAACAUGAGUGAUUGCUUUCAUCUUGUGCAUGAUCUUUACUUGACCUUAAACAUGUUGAAGUUGCAUAUCAAAAUGUCUGUUCUGUAGACACACUGUUUGAGAAGUUUAGGCGUUGAUAACUUAGUCUGUCAGUAUUAAUGUGUUAAUCAUGAUUAGAUUAAUUAAUUUUGUUUAUGUGUGCUUUUUGCACCCUGUGGUAGAGAGUAACCCCCCCACUGAAAGCGAAGUAUUAUGCAUGUUUUGUCAUCAGAGUAUUUUGAGUUUAAGCAGCCCUCCACCAGCUGAGCAUUAAAGUGCAUCAGAGUAUUGUUUUGGAGUGAGUAUCACUGACCUGUGGCUAGGAUCUAAAAGACAGGUUGGUUUGUUGUGAUAUGCAAUCUGGGACUGUCAAUGAAUAUUCUAAAUUUGACUGUAUAUUCGAAUAGUUUUAAAAAAUGAAAAUCAAAUUUGGGAAUUAAUAUCCAAUUAUUAAAUAAAUUGAGUGGGAAAAAAAAACGAAAAAAAAAAAAAAACUAGAGGCUGUUUUGCGAGUGCGCGCACUAUAACGACGGGUCAGGGACAGGUUACAGGAGCUGCACCUGCAGGAAGACUUGACAAAAACCAUCUGUGGCACAUGCAAAGAGAGAUGGUGGGAUGUUCAGAGACAAACUUGGAGAGAAGGAAAUUCUUCUAAUUUUUGGCAGACAGACGGAAGAAAUACAAGCCGUGUAAGCUAGAUAUUCAAAGAUGUUCAAACCUAUGUGUUAUUUUCAGAACGAGUAUUCAAACCUCAUUUUGGAGCAGUUUUGACAGCCCUAAUGAUAUCACAGGGAAACAAUCGAUGAGACUAAAAAAUAAAGAAAUCAAACUGGAGCUCCUGGAAAGUGCAAAGACUGUUUCUUUAACCUGGAAUCACUGCACAUCAGCGGGUUAUUUUCUCUGCACACCAUGUUGAAACUGAUUCGAUUUUUCGUACAUGUACUUCUGCAUAUUUUUCUAAACAAACAAACAAACACUGUUUCUCAUAAGAACUGCUUUCAAGCUGUGUCCUGCCUCCAAAUUAUGCUUUCAGACCACGUCAGUGAUGCAGUGCAGCAUAAAUAUAAAUAAAGAUCGCUGAGUACAUUUCAUUACAUUCAUUUAACUUCUAAACCAAGACCGAUAAGAAUUGCUUUGAAUUGUUAAAGAGCUUGAAAACUGUUUGAAAUGCAAGAAAAUCACAUUUCAAAAACAACCUGCUUAAUCUCAAUUAACUAUCUAGCUUCAGGAAUUGAUUGUAGUUUAAGAAAUUCAUUGUUUGACAGCUGUGUUGGCAGCUCUCGUAAUGUUGUUUGCAAAGGUCAGAGCUGUAGUAGCUUCUUCCUUUAAUCUUUUUCCUUAAGCUAAGCUAAUGGUACAGUUUUUAUUUACCAAACAGACACAGGAUCAGUGAUUACCCACACAGAAGUUUGGUCUUUUUGAAUCUGUUUCUGUCUAUUUUUUGUUGUUGUUAUGGUAAAAAAAAAAAACAUCUAACACUGACAUUUUAUCCAUCCAUUACUCCUCAUGUGUACAGCCCAGUACAGUGUUCCCAUAAUGCAGGCAUGUUUGCCCUUUACUGGCUUUUCUUUAGCGCGGCAUGUCCCCUGAGGUGAAGCAGAAUGAAUUAUCUGUGUUAUUUCCAGCAGCUACCUCAACUCCUUAUGAAACUCUGAUAUUUUUCCCAGCCUCACUAGGACGUUUCUAACAGAGCUAAGCUGUCCUCGUACAUUUCAGCGACACAAUAAACUCCGUCAGAAUCGUUUUUAAAUCACAAUGAAAGCAGCAGUCACUCUGCUCUUCAUGGGAAAGGUCAUCGAAUGUUAAUCACGUUUUGUGAGCGAGUGAUUCCAACAAUUAUGGCAGGAAUUAAUCAGACGCUGUGUGAAAUUGGCUUUGCUUGUUUGAGCAAUACACAAUGACCUUUAGAUGGAGUUGUUCAAUAAUAUUACAAACUUUUCACCUCCGUCACCUGAAAGCUUCUGCGCGUGAUUGAUUGUUUUUACCCCUGUGUGUUUUCCCCCUCGCAUGAGCAGUGAUUAAUAAUAAGUAACAAGCAAAGGUCAUUGUAAUAUGUAUAUGUAAUGCUCAUAAUUGCCGCAUCACAUGCCCAAAUAGGAUCAUUGUGCAGAGUAUAUCAGGCUUGACAGAUAUAUAAGAUUACAACACAUGCUCUACAACAACAUGGAGGGUGUUAUGCAUGCAGACAGCCUCUCUAUAUUCAAUACAGAGCAGGGAAUCAAACAUGGAUCAGAGCGGAGUUACAGGUCACUUUGCAUGUGUCAAAGGUUGUUUCACAUAAUCUCAGUUGGAAAAUUCUCUCUGCCCAAAGGCCCGAGGGUUAAACUGCUGUAUGUAUAGAGAGCAGCUCAAUAAGUACAACAAAGGCAGAAGGUCAGCGUGGAGUCAGAUAAAGCCCAGCAGUCUCUAUUGAGGUCCAACUAACCAUGCAUAACACUUCUUUAGCUGUAGAAGUGUGACGGUCGGGGAGAGCCCUUAAAUAAAACAUAAUCCUUCUAAAUUACAGGAGUCUUAUUUAAAAAAAAGUCCUUAUAUAUGAAGUUUGAUGUUGAGUAUUAAAGGGAUAUUCCAGCGUAAAUAUAAGUUAGGGUCAAACACACUGGAACUCUGAGUUAGACACCCCCUCAAGAGAUUACUGUUGCCGACCGCUUGUUUCUCUUGUUAUACCAACUUUAGUAACGACCGCACCAUAGCGAUACACAGCGGUCUACGUCUCCAUGCGCAGACCUCAACCAAAACGCCACUCAAUAGCCACAAAUAAUGCUCAGAUCACCUAACUUCAUCAACAGUACAAAUAGGGUCAUAGCACUAGCCACCAAACAUCUUUUUAACUUUGCCUGAUUUCUUCAGCAAAGAGACUAAACACGGUCAAUCACAGAGUGAAGCGGAGUUUCGCAGCUCAAGGAAGAACAUUUAUGAUCAUUACUUCAUGAAAAUGUAAUCAGACUGAGGCGGUAUGGCAGAAAAACUACCAUGUCUGCAGUGCAAAAUUAUUAAUAUGAUGAUUAUUACUUCAAGGAAAUGAUCUGCUACACUCGGUGAUCGACUCAUCAGGGCUCCCCCACAAACAAGUGGCUGCCGGAGGGGAGUGGGUGAGUUGUGUUUGGUCUCUUUGCUAAAGAAACCAGGCAGAGCUAGUAAGAUGUUUGGUGGCUAGAGUGGCGUUUUGGUUGAGGUUUGCGUGUGGAGACGUAGACCGCCAUGUAUUGCUAUCGUGCGGCCGUUACUAAGGUUGGUAUAACUAGAGAAGCAAGCAGCAACAUUCAUCUCUGAAGGGGGCGUCUAACUCUGUGACCAUAACUCAAAUUUACGCCGUAAUAUCCCUUUAAGAAAAGUGGUGAACAGAAAGUUCAUAAACACUUCUCUCCUGCCUUUUGUUGCUUUUUAGCUGAAAAGAGACUGUCGCGAACCCCCCGCAGGACCCAGCAGCCAAAGACCCUCAACACACCGGAGGACUCCACCUAUUACACCUUAAUCCACGUGAGUCAUAGAAAAGACGGAGAACAAUCUCAGAUGUUUACUCCAACAAAGCCUCGCUCUCAGCUGCCAUGGGACACUGUUUGUACCUCCCCAGAUACCGACUUUCACAAUGCUGCAUUGAUUGGCAAUUUUUCUCCUUCUGUUGUUCUCUUUAAACUACAAAUGUUCCCGAGGCAAGAAAAAUCAGAACGUAAUGAGCUGUCUGGAAAUAUGUGUCCCAGAGUUUAUUUUAGCACUUUUGACAAAUAGUCAUUUUCUUGACAAGUUUGUUUUUGUGAUAAAGGCAGUUCCUGAUUUAUUGUCGAGUGUACUCUGGAUGUAAUGUGUGAUUAUUUCUGUGAACAAAAGCCUCUGAAAAGCUCCUUAUUUUGAGCCAUUGCUGUUUAAUGCGCCACUGAAUUAUUAUUAAUGAUUAACAGUGAGAAACUGAGGACACUUAGAAAUCAGCAGCACUUACGUAUAUUUUUAAAAAUACUGAAUUUCUUUAUUAAUAGUUAAACCAAAACUCUUCCUCCUUACAAGACAUGGUGUUUCCCAAAAUGACAAAAAAAUACACAAGGAGUUCACGAUGUACUGAGUAUUUGUUUAAAGGAUGUGAGUGUGUCUCUGAUAUUGCAAAAGUCUAUCAAAAAUCACCUUGAGAAUCUAUUUUAACACUAUGAUGUAGUAUUAGGGCCACAUAAAAAAAAAACAAAUAUCUUCAGGAAUAAAGUUGUUAAUUUACAAGAAUGAAGUCAUUACUAACGAGAAUAGAGUCAUAAAAUAGUAAUUACUUAUGAGAAUAAAGUCGUAAUAAAAUCAUUAUGAUACUGAUGAUAAUGUGGUGCUGAUGUGCCAAAAGAUUUAGUAUGUCCUUGUUUGAGAAACAAAUAUUGAAUUACAUUUUCACGAAAUGCUUCAUGGCUCUAAUUUCAACAACUGUCAUCUUAAACAACAGGUUACAAUAUAAGGACUUUAUUCUGACUUUAAUUGCGUAAGUAAUGAUUUUAUUAUGACUUUGUUCUUGUAUGUAAUUACUCUUGUAAGUUAACGUCUUAAAUCUCAAAGUCUUAAUUUUUUAUAUAUCAAUAACAUCCAAUAUAUUGUUAAAAAGAUGGAUCUAGCGCAGUGUAAGACUUUUACGUUUAUUUUUGUUGUUGUUGUUUUUUUUUGUUUUUUUUUAAGGGAAGUAAAAUAUUGUCAACUCUCAUCCACAAAUGCCCCAAAAUAUUGCAAUUGAAUUUAUUUUUAUUUUAUUUUAUUGAUUAGGGCAAUGCAUGAUAAUUGACAUGUCAGUGAAAGCAUAAAUGCACAUUUUAAUCCGUUGUCCUAAGGCAGAUGUUUAAAAACAUAGAAACAAUACAUUAUACACACACAAUACACAAUUUUGUCAAUACUGCACACCCAUUUGAGUGACUCUGUAAUUUAGUGACUUUUACCUUACAUCUUAUUUUUGAUUGACUUGGUGUAUAAGUUUAUAAGUCUAGUAUUUAUGACGCUGUCUGUUUUCUGUCGCAGAGGGAAAAAGAGCCUAACGAGUCCACAAUGUGCAGUUCUUGUGCGCCUGUGAAGCUCUCUCUCCUACCAUCUGUUUUUAUUGUCCUGUUUGAGCUCAGUUGGGGUUGUGAUGCAAAAUCUAAAGCCAAUCAAAUAGUUGUUUGAAUAUCAAACUUGUGGAAAUAAUAUCUCAGCUCAAACUCGUCUUUUAUCACCCGGUAGCUAAUCAAAACUUCUGCUAUCUCUGAUGUACAAACAUCCUUUCGCUCUGUUAAAACUCAAAGUUGAGGACUCCUGCUCUGAAACUCUUUCUUUUUGCUUUAGCUGAACUCAGAGAUUAAGAGUUUUUCACUGACAUGAAGUAAUCUGUGUUCUGUCUCUCUCCACGCAGAGGUCUGUCCAGGACGAUAAACGAAAGCCCAGGAAAGAAGAGUAAGUGUCCGGUUUCUUAUUUCAAAGUAACUUUAACAACCUAUCACUGCUGUUUUAAGAGGCUGGCCUGCUGCCCGCUGGCUCGGCACACCUGGUCCUGAGUAAUGACUGUAGCUCAGCACCAACAUAAGGACAGUGUCUGGGUCCAAACUUAAUGAUCUGCAGGAUUACACACAUCCUCAGGGAAAUUAAUUAGCCUUAUCUUUCACUAUGGUGACGCUCGCUCAAUGUACUCAGUGAAAUUUAAUGUCAGGGAUCAGAAAUAUUUGGUCUUUAGGGUUAUUUUAGUGCUGCCGGGUAGAUCUUUCUUUAAAAAGAGCGUGUGAAUGUGCGUAUUCAUGCUUGUUUAUGUGCGGGAUAGGCCGUGAGUGAGGUGAAGGGGGUGAAGAUAGACUGAUAGAGGCUGGCUGAACAAGACGGGAGCACGGUGCUUCAUCACAGCAGUCUGAAGAGACACACACACACGACGCGCUAAGCAUCAAGGGUAAUAAUUUGUUAGCAGAUAAAUAAAGCCGGCGAUGGACAGGAGCAGUUUACAUGCAUCAUUAAGGAUGAGAAGGUCAGCAGGAAAGAUGGCAUCUCGGGCUGAAGUUGACAGCCGAGGAGGACGGGAGACGAGGGAGCGUGGGUGGUAAGACGAGUGGAACCUGAGGAGAAGACGAAGGUGAUGGUUGAAAAUGGGUGUGAGGGAUAGAGGGGCAGAGUAAAGAAGAAAUAUUAGAGUUUGAUUACCAAUAUUAAAGCACCAAUCGAUCACACCUCUGCUGUGUAGCCUGGUUUUCAGUUCGAGUGCAGAAAUAGUCCUAAAAGUAGAGACUCUGUCAGCGUUUCCAACAGUUUUGUUUGAGUUUUAGUUGAUAGGCUGAUGUUAUACGACUUCAGCUCCGAGCUUCUAUUUAACAAAUGUCUCCCAUCGUUAAUCCAGAUCUGUGAUUAAAAAGCUCAAUGUCAGCGAGAUUUCUUCUUCCUCUUACACAAUUGUUUCACAUAAUUCAGCCAGCGGCCCAGAGAACAGGCAGAUAAUUACAAUCAAGGGUAAAUUUUCACUUCAGACCCCGAGAACAACACAUUCAUCAGGACUCAUCAGCUGGAUGAUUGUGUGUCUGCGGUUACGAGGUCAGGUCAGGCCUCAAACUCAUCAGAGAGUUAGGAAGGAAACUGUCGACUCUCCCGCGAUUCUGCAGCCACACAGACAGACACUGAUUUCCAAUAACAUAUACUAAUAAUGUGUGAAACUUAUCGAUCUCCACAUGGAAAGUCUCUUUUUGACACUAUUUGCGGUGGAGGUCAGGGAAGGUUCAGCUUCACUGCAGAGAUGAUGGUCAGUCUACAGUCUGUUGGGCAGACUGAGAGCUGGAUUAUUACUCUCCUUGCAGCACCUUUCUAAGCUAUGAAAGGAAAAUAAAACCAAGUGCUAAAGUUGCUAUUCGAGAUAUUUUGAUGGAAUAUAAAAAUAUGAAUUUAAGUCGUUUUUAAUAACCAUGUUUAAAUGAGCAGAAUUUCUUGAUCCGAUUAAAAAUUUGAGGGAUUUGAAAAUCUGAAUCCACUGUUUAUAUGGGUGCAAAAUCUAACGAUCCGAUCAUGACGAGUUGACAAGUUUUAUUCCGAUUAGAAGCAUUUGGACAUUCGCAGAGUUGUCUAAUUUCACUAAAACAACCACAGAAGAAGAGUUGUAUUGAUGCCUGUGCUGUAUCAAACCAACAAAUGGGGUAGCGGCUCUCUUCAUCCAAUUCAGGAUUUUCCCCCUUGUUUGAUGUUGUCACUAGAUGGCGCCCUUGCGUACUUAUUUUACUGUUCUGUCAAAAGUUGCUCUGUGCGUGCAGAUGUGACAUCAUUACGCUGUAUGUACGCCUCAUUAUGUUAUCGGAGGAGCAGAUACGGCACCUACGAUCGUGUUUUACACCAGAGUGUUAAUAAUGAAACCUAAUGAAAGAGUCGAGACCAAGUCAGGUAAGAGAGUCACGAUUGGAAUAAGUGUUAACAUGGACGCGUUUCGGAAUAACGAUCGGCAUAAACCACCCCACUCGAUCGGAAUAUUUACAUGAUGCUUUUUAUUCCGAUCGGGCCUUUAUUCCGAUUAUAUGUGCCCAUGUAAACGCAGCUAUUGAGGCCAGAAAACUUCUCACAGGAGCUUUAAGUAGAAUCCGAACCGCUGAAAUCAAUUCUUCUCAUGCCUGAUUUGCAGUAUAAACAACUUUAUAUAAACAACUCUACUUUCAGAACAUUAAAAUAAUCUGUAAAAUUUGACUCAGUAUGGCUUAGUCGGGACUGUUAUCAAGCAGCAAACUUUUUCUUUGUGUUCACGCUUACCUGUGUUUUUCUAUUUUCCAUGCAUCUACUGAAAAAAGAUAAAUAGCCGCUGCUUUGAUGGUCGUUGUGACUCUGGGUCCCGCUUUGAUCAAUUCAGACAAAGCCCAGCCCUUGUCAUGUUUAAUUAAUGUUCCUGAUUUAUACAUAAUUAAAAGUUUCAGUGCUUUUGUGAAGAGUCAUUACUAUAAACUUGGUGUCCUCCACAUAUUAAUGUUCUUUUUACUCUACAACAUCUGCCUGACAGUUUUAAUUAGUUUUUACACUACACUUUUUCAUACCUGUCUUACCAGGUACCUACAAUUUUUACUCUCCAGCUCAGAAGAUGUUUCUGUAAAGAAGACUAAUCUCAUAUUGGAGAAACAGAAAUGGUGUGUAGGAGGAGAGGAGUCGAUGUAAAGCCUCUUUGUUUCCUUCUCUGUAAAAACUAAACAAAGAUUGAAUGCAUGAGUGAGUUUUUUAAAUGUCUCUUUUACCUGCAGAAGUAUUUUCCUUUUGUGUUUUUUAAUUUGAUUUAUGUUAAGACGGUUGUUAAUUAAGUCGUUUCUGGAGGGUCUGCUCUGAAUCAUGCUUCGUGACUCCUUCCUUUGGUUGGAAACUUUUGCUUUAUCGCUGAUAUUAAACAUCUUAUCUAUGUCCAAUCCUCUCAAUAUCGAUUCUCUCCGUCUUGUUCCUCCUCCAGUCAAGGAAAGCUGCUGGAUGUGGACGACCACUACUACCAGGGACUGUCCACCAGCAGGUCUGAACCCACCCUCCACACGGGGAACCUGUCCACUCGCGCCACACCGGAGAGACGGAUGUCCACGGAGAGAAGACGGUCCAUUGACAGGAGAAGGUCUACAGAGAGGAGGCAGACGACUGUGGGUGGCAGACAGACCAGAGAGAGGGCUGUGACUGAGCCGGGACCCCCAAAACGAGGAAAUGACAACAGGUUCGUUCCUGUCUGCGUUCAGGACAUGAUUCAGGAUUUACAGCUGAAAGAAACACCCUCAACUUUGACAUCUGUGUACUAUAUCAUAUAUUAUUUUAUCAUGUAUCCAAAAGAAAUUCAGCAAACAGUACGAUGCCGUAAUCUACAUUUAGUAGACAUAAAUAAUAUCACUAAGACACAUAUCUGCGUGUUUACAAGCACAGAUUAAUGCCACAACUGCGCAUUCUGUUAAAAACAAGCAUUUCAGAGCAUUUGGAUGUCAGCAUAAACAGAGAUUAAUCCCCAUAAUAAUCCAGUUAACAUUACAUAAGAUUAGAGAACACUUGGCCCCAGAGAGAAAAUUGUGUUUUAAUUUUAGAGUGUGAAUACAAGAUUUCUAAGGAGGCUGCAAAUGGAAAGACAGCAGAUGGAUUAUCCGCCCUGCUGUGUCAGUUGUUAGGUAAGGACCCUGUUUAAUGUGGAUGUGGUUUUUCAGUUUGAUAAGGCCUGGAAAGUUCAGGAAAUGACCAUUUUUAGCUGUUAUGUUCAGUUUAUGACUGUGAAGCCAAAACGUUGAGAGCUCCCCCUACUGGCUGACUGUAAUAUUGGUCAUAAACUCCACUUCCCUCAUGUUAACGGAUGUCAACGAUUACGGUACCAUUUUUAGCCAAUUUUCAUGAAAAAAAAAGGUUUGAGAUUUUGGAUUUUUUUCUGCCUUUAGACAUCUUAAAAGUACAAUUAAAAUACUUAUCUAAUACUAUAUUUAAUACUAGCUUUCUCUCUGCAAAAACAGCCACACUUGCAUUUUGUAUCCGGGCUGGUCAAAGGACAGAUGGUGACAAAUACACGUACAGAUCUCAUCUGUUUUCUCGCCGUGUUGUUGUUUCAGACAGCACCCACACACGCUCACAUGAUAAACGAUUUCUGAAGAUGAUAAACAAUAUGAAAUCUUUUCAUCUCCCCGCUCUCCGCUUCUUUUCUUUGGCUUUGUGUUAAAUUUCUCUGUUUUCUGAUUUGUUGUUUUGACAGGCGCUCUGUUCCCAGACUGCCCUCCACUGAGAGUCAGACUGAGGAGAAUCCAUAUGACUUCAGACAUCUACUGAGGAAGACCUCCCAAAGACGAAGGCUCAUCAAACAGUACUGAACACACCGCUGAACUCUCUCCCUCCAGAUCUGUAAAUUUACAACUGUUGAGUUUGUCACAGUUUCUUCAAAGACGAUAAAGCUGUUUAAGAUUUGACGCUUAAAUGCAUCGAUGAGAAGUCCCAACGAGUCUGAUUAAUCUAAACACAGCAUAACGCAAAGAGAGUACGUGUAAAUAAACUGCUACACCUUUGAAUCUGGAAGUAAACGAAGGGUUUGUUAUGUUAGCUGUAAAGUAGACGUUCAUUUUCAGGCUGUGUUUAAAGCUUUCACUUUGCAUUCAUACAUUCAUUAGACG